AGUCAGACCAGGGAGAGCAGAGCGCAUGGGUUGCAUCCCUCUCUUUGCUCUGCUCUCUGCGUUCUCCUCAAAUAUUCUUUCUGCAGCCUCCUGAAAACCUAUUAGAAUUCCCUGAGCUUGGCAUCAGAGGGAGGACACCUAAAAGAGAGGAAGCUGGACAGAGGAUAACUUGGGGAUCCUGCAGAGAAACGGAGGAGUCUUUUGUUCCUUUCAGGCUUUUUGAUGUUUGCCUUUUCGGCUGCCUCACAUCUACAAGGAAAGACUUAAAAUGGGAGACUUAUGAGGGUGAAAAAAGACAGAAAGCCUUCGCAGCCUUCUCUUUUUUUCAAGAAAGGAGGUGAUGCUAAUGGAGACAGCAUCUAAAAGUGAGCAGCUGAAGACCAAAUCCACUUCCUGAGAGAGUAAAAUAGCUGCAGAAGUCAAACAAGAGCCUGAACACAGACAUCUAAGAGACUUCAGCUUCCCCCUACUUGUCUCUAUUCGCACUCCUUCAGUCCCAUCUGUACUUUUUUUCUCUCUGCCUCUGCUGUCCUGACAUAAGCUCAGCCAUGCAGGUGUCUAUCGCCUGCACAGACCACAACCUGAAGAGAGGGAAUGGGGACCAUAGCAAACAGAGCGCCACGAGUCCCAACGUGGUGAAUCAAGCCAGGGCGAAAUUCCGCACCGUGGCCAUCAUUGCUCGAAGCUUUGGUUCCUUCACCCCCCGACAUAUUUCACUGAAAGAGUCAACGGGGAAACACACUGGCAUGAAGUACAGGUGUGUGCCAGAGCCAGUCUGUGUCUGUAUGUGCGUGUGUGUGUGUGGGCUUUUUGUAUGUGUUUGUUUUUGAUGCGCAGAGUUCAGUAACUGUUGGGCAUGUUUCUUGGAGAGCUGUUGUUUGGUUUUGUAGUUUUGGCACGUACUGCUUCAUGUUUCUUCUUGCAUUUCUUUUUACAUUCGCACCACCUCGGCUGCCACAGCUUCAUUUUUUUAAUUAAUUUUUUGAAGCAUACUGCUCAAUUUUUCACUACAACCAAGUUUUCUAACUAGUAGUGGGUCUGCUGUAUCACUCCUUUGUUAACGGGUUAAACAACUUUAGGCUGUCAAACUUGACAAAGUCACCCAAAAAUGUUUGGUGUGAAAUUAACCAAGGCUGAUCAACUUAAAGUGGUAUUGUAUCAUGAUCCAAUAAAGGUCCUUACACACCGGGAACGAUGCAAGCAUACGACUCAAGCUUCUGUAAUGUUCUGAGGCGAAUUUUGACGCACCUGACUAUACACACCAAGUGCGAUGCGAUUUUGCGACUUUCAAGGGGGGAAAAAAUAUGCGUCCCGGGUGGAAGCGAGAAGACUGACACAACAGCAGACUGACUGUUUUUCAGUUCUGCUUAGACACUAGUGUUGAGAUGUCUGUCUGUCAUGAUAGCAUGUACUGAGUCGGAGCCAGUACCAGAUAAGCACAUUAAACUAUAAUCCAUAAACGUAAGGUAACAACUGAGACCUAAUGGUGCUGUGACAGCAACGUGAUUUAGUUUGAGACAGUGAAAAUACAUAUGGUAUGUUGUAUCUGAACAGGUUAGCUUACGAGCUAAAGUUACUUAGCACAGAUGAAAGUUAAAACAAAGACGUUUAGUAAACUGUUAAAGCACACAAACCAUCGUCAUAUGAGAGAUCCAACACUAUGACUCUCCACAAGUUGUCCUUCAAGUCAUUAUCUUUGUAAUGUUUGUGUUUUUUCUUUCAAAAAGCACUCUGUUCUCCGACACGUAAACAUUAGCCGGUCGGCCAUGUUGGAUAUACCGGUGAGUCAGACGUCGCAACAACACGAAAUCUGAUUGGUCAGAAGUGGACACACAGUAUGCAAAACUUUAGAAAAUUUGACUGUGAUACCCAAAAAUAAAUGCUGCAAUAUCGCAGGAUGGGAAAACGUCGCUGAUGUGAACGCUUGUAUUGACAGGAUAGACAUUCGGAAAAAAAUAUUGACGUCCGAAAUAAUCGCACGAAAAAAAAAAACGCCCCCGGUGUGAAAGGAUCUUAAGAAAUAAGACUUAUUUAGAUUUUGAUUUACACACAAGAAAAGAUUUGUCCAGCAUUGCAUAUGUUUAGUCAAUUAAUAACAUUUUUUUCUAUUUGCUUGUCUACAAAUUUAUCAGUUAUUAAGGGAAAACUGUGAAACCCCAAACCAGUUUCUCAUUUACCAUGAUUGAUCUGUGAUAACUGUCUAAUAUUACUUCGAUAAAGCCCCUCACUAAACACACUGAGACUAUCUACUAUCACAUAACUGUAAAACCACUUAGCACAGCCCCUUGGGGAGUUAAUUAUGAAUAGAUUUUAACACUGCUUCUGUCAAUGCAGCCGUGAAUCUUGCUGAUAACUAAAAGCCCCAAAAUGACCCGUCCCUGCCUUGUUGUCCUCUCACUCUCAUAAUGUGGGAUUCAAUAAAACCAUAACAGCCAGUUGAAUCACAAUUGUGGAUGAAUUUGAUCAGGAAAUCACAAAAAACAACAAAUUGAUGCAGGGUAUCACAGGCAAACCUGACAAGGGUGAUAAAUGAAUACCUUCUGCUUGCGCUGCGAGUUUUCUGACAUCUGCUGCAGCUUCUGUCUGUUCUGUCUAUCACUCUGACUCCUCUUCUUCCUUUUUCCUGGAGUGUUUUUAUGCAUAUUUCACACAUUUCAUGUUUACCUGUCAGUUACAAAUGAAUCUGAACCUCUGAACGACACUUUGCUGUUUUUAAUUUUAUAGAUUUACAUAAACGGAUGAGGACCGUUCUGCAUUCGCCUCUUUCAGUCCAGCACAACUUUACACUUUUCUGUCUCUCUGUCUCCUCUCUUUUCCUCUCUGUACUUCGGUGAGACAGCUCUGCAGUGUGGGCAGAGUGUCUGAGUCGGACUUGACCUCAGCAGUGCUGUUACUCAGCUGACUUGUGCUUUUGACUCUCAUGCCUCGGGCUGUGAAUUACAUAAAAUACAGCGCCAUUACUUUCAUUUAAAGCUCUUCAGAUCACCGUAAAUAAGACAGGGUUCUAAGUUUGUCAGCAUGUAUUUGAAGAACAUAUUUUUGGUACGCAUAGAGAAAAAGAAAGUAAGAGAUUUCAGGCAUCAGGUAACAUAUUUGAUGGUGAUUUUGCUCCUUUGAUGCAGGAGUAUUCUGAUGCUAUGGGACCUUCUGAAUAAGUCUUUUUCCCUGAACACAAAGCUGGGAUGGCUGCGACACUCCUCGAGGCUAUCUUAAGACUGGCACUCAGACAAGACUAACAUUACAUACUGUCCAGUCUCAGCAGCUGUCUAGACUUGUGUAAUAGAAGUUGGCUGUGAUGCUGGUUGACCAGUAAUGAGAGCUGGCUGACAGGUGAGCGGCAUAUCUGUGCCAUCAUGCCACUCUGCAUUACAGACAGCUUCCCUGGCUGGUUGAGACAGCGAGUAAACAUGCCUGAUCCAAAAAAGAGAAUAAAGCAUAAUGAGCUUUGACGGGUGACUUUGAGCUGCAUGUGGGUAAAUGACCCUGAUAGUUAAAAAAAAAGACAUUUCUUCAUUUUGACGUAAAAAUGUUUCAUUUCUGUGUUCCUGCCAUCCUUUAAUGUGUAACAUAACACAUGUGUCAGCAUUACUUUGGAGUGCUGGUCAGAGGAGAAGGAGUCAAAGCCGUGGUGGUUUUGUAAUAUAAAUUCCUUCAGACAGAGAUGACUGACUGAUAUGUCAGACAUUUCAGUGUUAUGUGAAAUGACAUGUGAAGACUGAAAACUUAUUACGCUCUUGUCAUGUCACAGUUUUGAGUAAUAAUAUUACUAAGUGUACAUUUUUGGACUUCACCUUCUCAGGGAGUGAUGAGAUGUCCUGCCAUGAGAUCUUGCCGGAACAAAGCCUGGCAAGAUUUCUUGUGGAGGUGAAAAGCUGUCUUAGAUGAUAGGUUACAAAAUCCAGGAGCCAUUUUUAAAUCAAAACGUGAUAAAUUGAUUACAACGGCAAUUUUCUCUUGGAGAUUUAACUAUGAACAUUACAUUGUUUGACCCCAGUAUUGACUCUUGUCUUGUCACACCCUAGAUACUUCCACAAAUAUUUGCAGCUCCGUGCAGUAAUAAUGCAAAAAUCAGGAGUGGAAAUUUUACUGCCUGCCCUUCCCAAAAAAUAGAGAGGUAAAACAUCAUUAAUGGAGAAUAUUCUCAAUUCUUGCACAUCAAAUAUUCCUGGGGAAUACGCAGUUUCAUUAUCUUUUAUUUUCAAUGCCACACAACAAACAUUUUGUGCUGUGUUUGUGAUGUAUAAUAUAUCAGAGCUGUGGACAAGCCUGAUCCAUCAUGUAGGAAUAAAAAGUGCUGCAACAGGAAGAUGUUGUUUAAACAUUAUUUAUUGUUUUAACAAUACAACUUAACCUGAGCAGAGAUCAAUUAUACAGUGUAUCAUGUAGAAUAGCAAUAUGAUUGACCAAAUAACUUAAACAAGGGUCACAGAUAGUUAAGAUGCUGAAUCAUAAAACACAGACCAAGGCUACACCUAGAACAUAUGGUGCUGAAACAAAGUUCCCUCACUCCUUCUCGGAUUGUCUAAUUGAAAAACAAUGGUUUAUUACAUUAUUAUUAUUUUUUUCAAGACUUAAAAAAUGUUUUUUUUUUGUAAUCAUAGCAUACAUUUAAUUAGUUGAUAAGUACAACAGUUUAAAAAAAGUUAAAAAAGUUAAAAUAAAAGCUCACACCAACACCUAAAAAUAAACACACACACACACACACACACACACACACACACACACACACACACACACACACACACACACACACACACACACACACACACACACACACACACACACACACGUGCGGAGGCAUGGAAACACUAUGGAAACAGCUCUUGCUGCUUUCAGAAUACAAUAGCAUAUGCCAGUGCUGUCCUCCUGUCAGUUUGUCAUUGAGGUUCAGCAGACUGAUGACGGUGAAAAUUACCUCUGACUAUAGACAUAGAUAGGUUAGAUUUCUCCUCACAGCUGUAGAAACAAAGGGAGAGAAGAUAUAAAGAAAGAAAGAGGGGGAUGAAAACUGUAUGUGUGUGUGUGGUUAUGUGUGAGUGUGUGUGCGCUAAUCACUCAACACUGCAUUGUCUUCUGCUGAUGGUAAUACUGUGAGUCAAACAAAGUCACUUCUCUUUUUUUCUGCUCUCUCUCUCUCCUGCUCGCUCCUCCUCUCCCAUUCUCUCUUUCUUUGUGUAACAGGAAGUGAACCCAAGGUUGUGCGCGCCAUCUGCUGCAGUGUAGGCAAAUAAGUACAGGUUCGAGAUACAGGUGUUGUUUUGUUUUUGGUACAGACAUCCUUUGACGUCUUAAAAAAAGAGAUUAUAAAAUACAAAAAAAAUGUAACACAUAUUGGCAAUCCACAUGAUUAGAAAUCCAGUCCACAAAAUAAAAGAUGCAAGUUGCUGCAUUUAGUCUCCGGUCUGCUUUAUGUAAGUCCAAAAAAGUUCCCAUGAGCUCAUCCCAUCUUUGUCUUUGCCUCUCAUUCUACAAAGCUUAGCUUCACAGGAUUCACUAUUGCAUCUGAGCUCAUUCAAUUAAAGUUAAAGAUUUCCUUUAGCUCCAGACUUCGUAAACAUCUCCAUCAGUCAAUCAGUCAGACAGGUGGAAAGAGACACUCUGGAGGAAGACGGAGAAAAGAAGUAGAGUUUCAUCCCUCUUACUAAAGUAGUUAAGUAUCAUGCUGUGAUAUAUCUACCGUACACUUGUAUUGAUUAAGACACCCGGGUGCAACUAGCUCCCCCUGUCUUCUCCUGCAUAGCUGUGUGCUGAGAUAAUGAACGCUCUUUAUUAGUCAGAUUCUUCAGUUUGGCAGCAUUUAAAAUGCAUAAGAUCUGCAGUGAUAUUUAUGCUGCUGCCUCCUUGUUGGAUUUGAAUUUCUAAACAAAUUUCUCAAAUCUCUUAAGAUUAAAUUAAAAGCCGUAUCAUCUCAAAUUAAUAAUCCGAUAAUCCUGUAAUAAUCAAUCUGUUUUUUUAUAUGCAUGUUUGUAGUAUGCACCCCUUGUUUGAUACUUCUUGUUUUUUAUAGUUCUCCUUGGUCAACUCAUAUUUUAUGCAAAUCACAAUACAUGGUUUUUAGUAUUCUUUUCUCUUAGAAUAUGUUUUUAUAAUGUUAAAUAAGGUUUAAGAUCAGUAUGGAUGAAUACUGGGCUAUGACUCCUAAAAGUCUCUUUUAAAUUGUUCAUUUAUAUGUCAAGACCUUUAAUUUUCCAUCAGAGGUUGAUACCUCCUACUGUAACAUGAGCUGCCUUCCUGUUUUAUGUAAUCGUAUAGCUCUUUAUAGCAGCAGGCUACCUGUUCUCGAGUUACUCAGCACACUGCGAACUGAAACAAGAGAAUAAUGUUAAUAGCGUUAAAAUGGCAUGUCUCCAUUUAGUAAUGACAAGAACAACCAAUCUGUCUGAAAGCAUUGGGUAAGAGCUCGUAAGAAGUUAGCUUAUAGCAAAGCGUGUAGAGUAAAAUGAGAUAAUGACAAAAAAACACAAGGUUAUGUGUUAAUUAACUGUUGGCCCUGUGGUCCAUUAAGGUGUUAUGAAGUGGAUGAUCCGUGUUCUUUAGAAGAGACUCCACUUUCCUUGGUUUACAUCUCUCCAACACAUUCUCCAGUGAGUCUAACCUGAUUCCAACCACAGAGCCAGCUUUUUCCACCAGUUUGUUCAGACGUCUUGCAUCUUUGUGUUUGAUUCUGCCUACUGCAGAUGUCCAUUGAUCAGAAUCUUCUCAGGCAAAAGAGGCGACUCUGCCCCCUUUUGUAUGUGAAGCUUAUGUUCUUAGACCAGAACAACUUAUUAUCCGGUUGAACACCAAAAUAUUUAUGCAAUGUCACCACCUUGAUGUCCAUGCCCCAAAUGUUCAAUGGCUGAAGAGUGGGUUUGGAUCUGUGAAGGUCUAUGAUCAUUUCCUUUGUCUCUGAGGUGUUGAGUAGGAGGCAGUUUUUGUGACUCCAGUCACUGAAGGCUCCUAUCAGAUCCUUGUAUUUGGCUUCUUGUCCAUUUCUUAUACACGCCACGAUAAAAGUGUCAUUCGAGUAUUUCUGGAUGUGACAGGGCUCUUUUGGAUGUUUGUUGUCCAGAUCUUCUCUAUCUCCAUGAAAGGAGCUUUCUUUGAAUAAACUCUUCUCCCAUCCAAAAUAUCCAUCAGCAGCCAACAAAACACAACAAAAAUGAAAAAAAGGGCAAAAAUUGCAGAAAAUUCAGAGAGAUUAGAUUUUGCAGCCACUUGGUUGAGCUCAGGUUCUAGAAUGGCUAGGUUCUAUGAUGGCUAACUCUGCAGAUUAAUUUUAUGCUGUGUUUGAGUUACCUUGGAAGUCAGAAGUCCAAGCUGGGAUGACGUCAUACCCAAGUUACCAGCGUAAGUCAGAAGAAAGCAAAAUUGGAGGCAGAAACAAGAUGGCUACAUCCACAAAAGUUACUUUAAUGGAAGGACAUAAGCAAGGACAAGGCAAGUGCUAAAAUAAGUUUCGUAGAUGUAGCUAUCUUGUUUCCACCUCUGAUUUUGCUUUUUUCCGACUUCCGCUGGUAACUCGGGUGUCACGUCAUUCCCAGCUUGGACCUCUGACUUCUGAGGUAACUCGAAGAUGUGGCAGAUGUGAGAAAUUUGAGGUAUUUGAUAGAUUACAGCAGCCAGAGAUAGUCAUUUAACCUAGUUAUUUUCCAGUGAAAGGUUUUACCAACAACAAAACUCAAAGCCUUACAGUUCUUAAAAAUGUCAGUCACUGGUUAUCUCCUAAUGACCAUCAUAAAAAGAAAAUCUCAGGCAGGACAAAGAUCAAUUGGAAUGACAUUUUAACAUGUGCUGCACUGAAAAAAUCAAAACAAAACCCCCAAAGCCUUGUGAAUACUUCGCAAGUAUCAACAUGAGCCAACUCAUAAACUGUUAAUUUGGCAGAGGAGGGCUGUCGGCUCAGCUACUGUACAUACCCUGCUGAGAGCUCGCACAGUAAAGUGGUGUUAAAGGCCAGAUUAGCAUCUACUGCAAGUGUCUGUGUGUUGUACCAUUCUGCGGAGGUGGUGUGAACGUGUUCUGUGUGUGUAUGUGUGUGUGUGUUAAUGUGAAAGACUGAAGUGUCAGUUGUAAUGAGGACUUUCAUUAAUCUUACAUUUUGCUGUUAAAGUGAUUGUAGCAAAAGCAGAUGUCCCUGUGUUUGUGUGCAUGUCUUCUAAGCACAUAGCUGCUUUUUAUUUUUACACUGCUUUGCUCAACAAAUCAACAGUCAGUCACAAGAAAAAGGGGACAAUAAUAAUAAUAAUAAUAAUAUUGAAUAAAUGAAGGAAUUUAUUGUGCCUGCAAGUUGUGUUCCCAACCAAAACACAAUAAAUACUCAACAGCCCUAACCAAGCAUUAUCUCUGCUUGUUGCUAUGGUAAUCAUGUCCUUGGCUCUGUAGUGCUAUCAUUCAACACUUCAAAAGACUACACACACGCACGAACACAUGCACACGUUCACAAGUCAAAGAUACUUAAGCCUAUCUAUAAGCCGUAGUUUUGGGCUGAGCAGGUAACUUCAGUGGAACAAAUGGAUAUGGAAACAUAAUCGGAUGUUAUCUUAAAAGAGAAGAAAUGAUUCAGUUGUGAUUUGGUGGAAAUAAGCAGAAGGUAAAAUACUAUUUUACCUUAAAGAUUUAGUGAGAGAUGAUGCACCCUCAUUGGAAAACAUGGGUUAAACAUUUUUAAACACUGAUUAAAGGUAUGAUAUAAAACUCCCGAUAAGCCCUUGCACAGAGUUUUGCCAUAUUUGGACUGUAAACAAAUCGAUUCAUGCUUUUUAUACACACGUAGAGAAGAUUGCAACUUCUUUAUAAAUACCAUCUCAAAAAAAUUCAAAAUGAAGAUGAAAUAAUAAAAUAAAAUAAAUUACGCAAAAAUUUAUUCUGAUUUAAAAGUAAAAAUAUGGCAUAUGAAUUUGCUUUUACACAGCAUCUAUAAGAAGUAAAAGAAAUCAUACUCAGAGGUCUGCAUAAACACUUUUAAAAUCCCCCUGACCCCUGCUUGUAUUUUGGCGUAGGGCUAUGUUUAUUUAGUAAUUUCUCAAGUCUUCUGACAUAACAUGUUGCAUUCACUCCAAAUUCACAAACUGGUAGCAGAGGCUGCUGUGUAAAGCACCAUCAGUAUUUAUUAAUCCCAUUUACACAUCGAUGGAUGCAUAAAUAAGGUCUAAGUGUGCUUUACUACUAUAAAUUUUAGGGAGUCUGUGUGUGAUGUAAAGUGUAAUAUAAUGUUGACUCUAGAGAGAUGAUGAAUGAUGUGUAUUUUUAAACUGUUGAGCUUCAUUUCCACAAGGAUACGGGAGCAAAGCUGUGUGUGUAACUCUGCUGUUAUUGUAGCAGCAACUUAUUAAGUUGUCCCUCCAGAGGUGAAAGAAGCUUGAAUUUGAAGUUGUAAUAUGACUGUGAACAUGAAACUUUAAGACAAACUUACAUUAUUUUUCGUGCAUGCUGAUGAAAUAUGAGCCAAGAACAAAAAAAACCCAUUUAUAACAUACAUAUAUACCUGGAUGUGCAUGGCUAUACUGUGGGGGAGAGGGACUCAGUGUGUGUUCUUAUCCAUAUGAAGCCCCUAUAAUUGACUUUGGUUUCCAUGGAGAUUUGACUGACUGCAACUCUAAGUACAGUGUGCCCUGUUGUGUGGGCUUAUCUCUACGUGUGGUGGAAAUUUUUAUGGCACUGUUUAUCAGUAGAUUUGGUCUUUAUGGUCUCAGAAAUAUUGCAGUUUUAUGUAUAGAUAUAUGAAAAGUCAUAUAGCCCGACUCUUCUUCAUUGAACUUCCAGGUCGAUCAGAAAGAGUACAAAGGAAAUAGAAAAUGCCCUCUGGGAAAUUUUGAAGGGGCCAUGGGGGCUACUGCCGGAAGAAACAAGAAAAAGUCCAUAUUAUAAUAAUAAUGAUUGUGGUGUUUCUACAGUAAACAGUUUGGACAUACUUGCAGGAAAAAAACAGGAGUCCUUUAUGCUUCUCUCAGGAAAUCUUUGUAUUAGCGUCACUGAGGAGCCACACUGUGACACUGCCACCCUGAGAGGCUCAGUGUUUAAAUUCUGUAAAUCUCUCUGCUUAGAGACGGAACAAGUGUGUCUACAACUGUUCUCUACAAACAACAAAGGUGGCUUGCUAGCAUUUCCUGAUUUUUACUCCACAGAUUAAGCAGUUAACGAUCAUCUCGUCUGGUAGGUAACAUGGUUAUUCUGCAGAUUUUCAUAGCCUGCACCCUGCGAUAGUCCAAGGAAAUCAAUAAUGUUGGCUGGUUUGUGUCCAUCCUGUGCGAGCACUCUUUGGCUUAUUGCCAGAUGUGUCUGAUGAGGCAUAGCCUUGGGAACUUAAAAGUUUGAUUGUAAAUCAUAAAGCCUAUUUUGAAAAUAUGGACUUACUGCAUACAGACUUGAAGCAGGAAAAGGACAACACAGCAAAUGUCUAGCUUUUUAUAGCACCAAAUAAUUGUUAAGCAUGAACCCUUUUUUUACCUGGGCAACUGCGACUCAGUAAUUAUUGUACCUUGUCAAAAGGUACAUAAAAAAAGGGGUAUGUCUGACAACAAAAUUAUUUCGACUUUAUGGGUUCAUAUAUAUAUAGAUAAAAGUAGAAGGGUUAUUGUAAGAGAAAAAACAGAGUUGGGAGUGGAGAGUAUUUUGAGGGUGACAGCAUGUAUUGCAGCAUAUUCUGUAGCUGGACAUAGUCAGGGUGCUGCAAUGUGGUGCAUGGCUGAGCGAGCAGUGGUGCUGUGUUGUAAAUAAUGCAGGGUGGAGGGAUCCAGUGAGGUUUUCUGAGUUUGGUCUCCAUGAACUAAUUCACAGCUUACAUGCUGGGCUGACACGACAUCUGUUCUUGUGCAGGGUUAAGAGUGUCGAUUCAGGAGAAUUUUUUCAUGGAUGUCAAUGUUGACUGUCUGGUUAUUUAAGGCUCACUGGAUCAAUGUUAGAGCUCCAAAAAUAUGCUGUUAUUUUGAUACUUAAGUGUUUCUGUAAAGGUCAUAUUGUUGCCUUUUAAGAUUUACUUCAUUUCAUUAACCUUUAUUGGGCUCACAGUUAAAUCUUUGGGCUGAAGACAUUAGUUGAUCCCUGAAGAGACUGAGUUGUGAGACACGUAGGGCUUGUUUACCUGCUUUGAUCAGUGCUGCUGUCUGAAUGUCAGUAACCUUGUAUUAGAGAAUCACAAAUUAAUAGUAGAUCUACUGACACACAGAAGGCAUUUGAAACAAAGACUAUCUUGUCAAAAUUGUGAUUUUUUUCCUGGAUUUAUACAUCAAACAUGCAAACAAAAAAUACAAUAUGUAGCCUAUUGUGUGUUGGAUAUGUACGUUCUAAGUGAAUUGAUGUCAGGGGAUUCAGUCAAGAUAAAAAAUGCUGUCCUCUCUGUGUAAAUCACUGUGAGUCUGAACUUUGCUACCCCUGUUCUUUGAAAUACUGCUGCUGCUGUUUCCUUCAUGAAAGCAAAACAAAAAUCUCUUUCUUUCUCUAUGUCGUGCAUAACCCAGUGAUUUACAAAGCCUUUAUUUGCAGUCACUUUUAUAUGAUUUGGGAAAAACGGUCUUGACAAAGGUAGCUGAUUUUAUAGUAACAUUAAGUUUAAUGUUUCAGCAGGAAAAAGAGUAAUGAGGACUAUAAAAUGACAAUGAUUGAUGAUGACAAUGAGAUGCUGAGACUCAGCAGGGUUUGCCGGUCCUCUGAGAGAGCCUCAAACAGUGUGUUAAAUUUUUUAUAGCUCACAGAAGUUCAAUGGCAAUCAUUAAAGUGCGCAGUGUAAGUGAAUUUGUGUCUAUCAAGACUCUUCACAUCCCAUGUGAAUUGUGUAUUUAAGAUAUUUCAGACACCCCUACCAGAGUUAGAACCAACCACAACCAUGUUUUUUCUUAUCUUAAGGGUCUCCCAUUAAUAAAAUGGAUUGUUGUGAAAUUUUAUUUUGGGGCAAAAUGUGUUGGGGUUUUUUUUGGCUAUUCUUUACACCUAACCCAAUCUCUGAAAAAAGAAAAUCCGAAUAGGGUAAAUGUGUCAAAAAAAAGGCAAUGCUCACUCUUUUCUUCAUCAAAUUUGCUGAGGUAUGAACUAGCUGUCACAUCACACCACACAACCAAAAUUUCUGCCUAAACUAAAGGUAUGUUGAAAGGACUAUAUUUCUGCAUUUAUUUAGGUAAAUUACACUGUGACUUUUUUGUGAUGUAGGAUAGACACCUAGUUCAUAACUUUGAUGAAGAAAAGAGUGAGCAUUGUCAAGUUAAAGGCUUUUUUUGACACAUUUGCCAAACUCAUAGCCAAAAAACACAUUUUGUCCAAAAUUAAAUUUCACAAAAAUCCAUUUUAUGAAAGAAAACACGUUAAAAAAACAAUAUUAGGAGCUAAUCUCUCUAAAUUCUGUCUGCUGAUGUGCACACAUCUGGUAAUGUGUGUGAAUGUCCUUUGUAAAGGAUUAUAUUACAACUGUGACUGCCUUCAAGCUUUGUGUGUGUUUACCAAUGUGUGUGUUUGUGCCCCUUUGUGCGGGUGUAGUCUUUGCUGUGAAGGAGAACGUAGGAUCGUCCAAGAAUCUCAUUUGGCAUUUGUUUUGUUUUGUUUUGCCUCAAGGUUCUGAAUCAUCUAGGUCCACAGUAGAGCUUUGGGGAAAUUAAACCAAAGCUUGCAGUGUCUCACACACAAUUGAGAAUACACUGGUUUCCCUCCUUCUCUAAGAAACACCAUUAAGGGCUGUGAUGUUCUGAGAUAGUGUUCUGUCUAGCAAAUGUGCUUGUUUAGAUUAAUCCACCUUCUGUUAGAGUUUUACUAGACCAAUAAGUUGAGAAGAAAACCAUGCAGCUUGGCCUCCUUAGAUUUGUGCUGUUGUCAUUUUAUCAUCAAACCCAUACUCCACAUGUUUGUGAUAUAGUUCACAGACUUCUACUCAGUAUCAAAAUCACGUCUAGAUGAAUUGCUGACUUGGAGCUCGGAAAUCCCGACUUCCUAAUACAACCGGAACACAUCAAUAAUGUUCUGUAGACUGCUUCAUAUUUACUUAGCUUAUGAUCUUUUUUGAAAUGCAUUGGAUUCCCCUGAGCGGCUCUGAAAAUCGAAAGGAAACUGAUUAUUGUACGUGCAUGUAAUGGAUAUGAGUCUGAGUCUGUCACAACCACAAAGAUUACAAUGAAAAACACCAAGACAAGAGACAGCAGAGGUACCUGACUGACUGCCAACAACAAUUGUGUAAUGUAAUGGAUCUUGGUCGGUGGAAAUUGCUUGUUGUCUUUCUGAUAUACUUGCUUUGGAAAAGCAGCUGAACAGCGAGGCCACUUGACAGUAAAUAGAUCAGGUACUUUGGCAGAGUGAUUCAGACCUGAAAUGUGAGGAUGUUUGCCUACACAGCCACUCUGAGUCACUGCAGGCACAUAUGGGAUUGUGCUUACUCCUGCCCUUCUGUAAACACACAUACAUGACUGACCGUGAAAGUGCCAAGAACACUACACAUGCAGAAAUGCAAGGCAAUUUGUCUCUGAGAGCAUGAAGCAAAAAAUUGCAGGUAAUUUGCAUUUUGAGUGCCAAUGUUCAUGUAAAUGUGCCUCAGAGAAAAAUCAAGAGGCUUGUUUAUAUUUUUCAAAACAGAGGGACCACCAAGACAGAAAUCCUGUUCUGAGAGGGUUAAAAGAAAGGUAGAUAUUUGAUGUUUUACAGUGCUAUGUUGGACCUGCAUUAUUUUCCCAUCUCAAGAGUGUAUUUCCUCAUGCGCUAUCCUCAAAAUCAACCUCUGUUGUGGACAAUUUCACUCUUCUACUUCUCUCCCUGAUGGAUUUCUUUUGACUUUAACAUGAGUCAUGUCAUUUUGCACAGGAAAGUAAAAGCAGUUUUUGGUUGAAAAGACGGUUUACUACACGGAAGCCACAAAAACCUUGACAAAUCUAUCUGAUCUAACAUAAUUUGAUUCAUUUUAGAUUGGAUUACAUUAUUUGGUCAUCAGAUUUUAUACCUGAUGACUUGACUACUUUAGUGGUACAUUGUUCAUCUACUUCAGGAUGGGAAACAUAAAGCGCAGUGUUUAGGGUGUGGUAUGGACACAGGGUGGUCUAAACAUCAUGAAUGUCAUCUUAUUUCACUUGCUUUUUUUUAGUUCCAAGACCCUUUUAAAGAGCCUUGAAAUUUUAUCAGCAGAUUUUAAGACAGAAGCAGAUACACAUGCUUCUUGUCUCUUCUUGUUACUUAAAUCAGCUGUACAGUUUCAGAGAACUUUUUAUUCAGUCUUAAAUUGGGAAGUGUAUAAGCCUAUUUAUCAGCUGCUGUUUACAGAAAUCUCAGUCUUGUUUUCGCCACCAUUAUCCCCAUACCAUAAACACAGAAGCUGGUCUGCUCCAGUGACUCUCACCCUGAUAGCCAGCAGGUGCUUUAAGAAGCUGCAAAGGGGUGUUGUUGUUUUUUUUAACUACAACUCAACAUUCAGCACCGCAUUGCUCUCUAGCCUUGACAACAAGCUUUGGAAUUUGGGAUUGAACCAACUGUGUGGAUCAGUGGUAGAGUUGGUCGACUCCUAACCAGAGGGUCUGGGGUAUCCAAAUGGCUGUUGGGCAAGACACUAGACCCCAUUCAUCCUUGUUGGCUGCCUCCUGUGGGAUUAGUCAUAAAGUAAUGGGCUCCUUACAUUGCCACUUCUGCCAUAAGUGUGUGAAUAUGACAUAUAUGAAAAAGCACUUUGGGGGUCGGAAGACUAGAGAAAAGCACCAUAAAAACAUAGACCUUCUACCUUUAACACAGCGAUGUGAUUCAACACUUGACAAAUGGCAAAUUACCACCAAGUGGUGGAAAAGGACAGCUGCGCCUUCUCACAGCUGAACCUCACACAGGAACAACACAUUUCCCUUGUGUAUUCUCACUAUAAACUUUGACUGCAUGCUGGUACAAGCUUCUCACACCAUUGAGUAGUUUGCAGAUAAUGCAACAGGUGGACAUUGUGGACAGUUUUUGAUUAUCUGGAAGUAGACUUUAACAAGGAUUAGACAUAGAUCAGCCAAACUGUGAUCGUCGCAACGGAGACUUCAUCAAAAACAGUGUAGCUACGGAGACCUCUGGGUGAGUCCAUUGACGGCAGCGGGGGGACGCAGCUCAAGGAAGAACAUUUAUGAUCAUUACUUUAUCAUUUCCCUGAAGUAAUAAUCAUCAUAGUAAUCAUUUUGCACUGCAGACGCAGUAGUUCUUCUGCCUUAGCGUCUCGGUCUGAUUACAUUUCCAUGAAGAAAUGAUCAUAAAUGUUCUUCCUUGAGCUGCAUCACCCCCGCCUCAGUCGACGACGGUCUGGUCGAGGUCUCGCUACAAAUAAGCAGCUGCUGGAAGAGAGUGGGUGAGUUGUGUUUAGUCUCUUUGCUAAAGAAAUUUGGCAAAGCUAAAAAGAUGUUUGGUGGCUGGGACCCUUUAUGUACAGUUGAUGAAGUUAGGUGCUGUUCUGAGCAUAAUUUGUGGCUAUAGAGUGGCGUUUUGGUUGAGCACAUGGCUCUCUGUAUUGCUAUCUUCGGUUGUUAAUAAAGUUGGUAUAACUAGAGGAACAAGCGGUCGGCAACAUUCAUCUCUCUACGGGGUGUCUAACUCGGUGUUGCAAUGUGUUUGCCAUCAACUUAAUUUUACGCCGGAAUAUCCCUUUAAGAACUUUGACCUCAGGCCCCAAAUUCUUGCAGCCUUUUUAACUGAAGUACCAUGGAAAGUCUUCUGUUGGGCUGCUUCACCACCAGGUACUGCAGCUGCACCAUUAUGGACAAGGGGACACUGCAGAAGAUGGUACACACAGCUCAGCAUAUCCCUGGGUGUGGGCUGCUUGCCUGCAGAAGCCAUAUGUCCAGUGGUGCCACAAAAAGUCCUAUGAGGGCAAUAAAGAGACCCAACCCAUUCUCUCUCAGCUUCUUCUACCAGGCAACAUGACUUAAAUAAAUAAAUGAAGCUUCAUCAACACACACAAGUGCAAAUUAACACCAAAUUUUUCACAUGCUAUAUUCUGCCUUUCACUCAGUGCAAAAACUCAAGGGCACAUGCACUGAACAACAAUGCCAAUUCUCCAUAUGGGUAACACCAGAAAUCUCCAUACUCACAACUACUGACCUCGACAUAGUAUGAACUGCACUUGCAACUGUGAAGGUGUCAGAAGACUGAUUGGCUGAAAGUGUGCUUUCCAAAGGUCCCAUUGGCGGUGUUAUCACGCCUCGCUUGCAAGAUGACAGCUUUUAUAUUACUAACAUCCACAGGCUCUGGGCUUUAAGAGCCUCCCCCCUCACUUCAUCACACCCCUCACCAACUCAGCGCCGAGGCUUUUAUAAGCAUGAAAUAGCCCCACUGCUGAGAUAUACUCCUUAGUUCAUAGGGAACAGUUUCUGUCACACAGACGGUAACACACACACACAUAGACACACAGCAUGCUAGCAGGUGGAUGUAUCACUGAGUUUGUGCACAAAUCUAUUCAUGCGUUUAUGUAUGCAUGCUUGCUUGACUGAAGGCACAUCCGCAAAACUAGACUGCUUACCUUUUCAGACGAGACUUUUUCAGAGUGGUAGUUCCGAUUUACUCAGCUCCAUUAUCUUUUAAGCAGUCGGCCCAUCUUUGAAGCAUGACAAAGCUGAAUGCUCUGAGGUUGCAGCCUGCAGGAUAGUCCUGCACUUAGCUAACAUGGCAAGUCAGAGGGCAAUUUCUUUGUUGUGUUAUUUUGUUGUAGCAGAAUUGCAUGAAAAACUGAAGAUCCAAGUGGACUAGAUAUUCAGUAAAUCCUCAUUUUAAUCUGCAGUCAGGAUCCUAUUCAUUAUCAUGAGCUUAAUAGGUGUUUAAAGGCUGGAAUUUAAUUAAUAAGAUCCGUAUUUCUGAUAUUGAAAUAUGGAAAACAACUAAACAGUAACUUCAGAAUGAUCUAUGCACUGUUCAUGUUUCCUGUAAAAUUAUGCCAAAAUCACAUCAGAUUAAUAGUGAAUCACACCACAGGUCAUCUUUGUGCAGUUUUUUUUUUUUUCUUUUUGACUACGUUUACCACUUUCAGCAUCUCCACCUUCACAGUCUAGUGCACAUCUAGUUUUCUUAUCCAUGUUGUAGAUGGAUAUUUAAUAACAUCGCAGAAAAGAAAUCCACAUGAUCAAAUGAUAAAUCGAUAGAUGCACAGUCUGACUGAAAUUCAGGUCAGAAGCAACGCUAAACUCUGUUUUUUUAAUAUAUUGUAACAGGAUUUGUAUGUGAAACACUGGCAAGUAACCAUGUAAGAGCUGAAAUGCUGUUAUUUAGGAUGGAAAAACUACCAUUAAUGGGGUAUGUUGACAUUACUGAACAGCAGCCCCACCGAUAAGGCUGCCUACAUGUCUGCAGGCAUUAUCUGGGUUAUAAUCGGCCUCAUGAACCAAGGCUUUAGUGAAUGCUUAUUAUUUCGAAAUAACACAUAGCAUCUUGAUUUACUCCAGCUAGAGUACCUUAAAAAGCUUGGAUCACUUUCUGUCUAUGUGCUUAUGACACUGAUUUUGACUCUUUAUGAACUUGGUUAAUCUAUAAACACUGUAUGUAAGCUCUCUAAUUUCCCUCUUUAAAAGCGUUUUUUUGUGAUAUUUGGCUCUGUGAUGCGGUUUCUCAGUGUCAGGCUUUCUUUUUCUUUUUCUUUCUGCUUGCUUGUUUUAUUUUUAUUUUUAGAAUUUGCCUUUUUUUUCACAGAUUGUCAUGUGGUCCCCAUAUUAAAGCAUACAUUGCAAGUAUUACUUGUCAGCAGCAGCAUUUAAUUGCAGAGAUUUCAGUGUUUUCCUCUGAAUUUCACUGUUAUGGAUGAAUAUCCCAGCAGAUCUUUUUUUUUUUUCUUUUAAUCAUCAUUGCCUCAAUCUUCCUCCCUUAAUUAUUCACUCAAUUAAAUAUGGAGAGAUAAUUAGUCAGCACAACAUGAUAAUUAUCUGCAGAUGGCUCUCUUCUCCUCUGAAAUGAAGUCAUUAACAUAGCAGCGGUUUUUUCGAGUAGAUUUUAUGUAAGUACGUUCUUGCAACUCCCUUUUACUAAUAUUUUCUUUUUAUCAGAUUCUCGCUCCUUAAAUUCUUGUCAUAAAAUCUGAAGACAGAAGAAAAUGUCAAUCUGCUGUAACGUCAGGAAAGAUGAAAUAAUGAGUUUGAGAAUUUGGGCUUCAACGUGUUUUGUGAAGAACAAUGGGCUCUGCAGCCAAACUCAGCAGCACUGAUAAGACCCCAAAAUAGAAAAUCUUUGAUUUGUACUUCAGUUUUCCUGCUUCGGCACUUUGACUGAUGUUGACAUUGAAAGUGAGUGAUUGUAUCUUAUUUGCACAAUGUAGCAGUGACAGAGAGCAAAAGAGGGGGAUAAUUGAUUAUACCCUCAAUAUUUGUACAUGCUUUAGAUAGUUAAGGCACAAUUAACCUGGACCUGCACUGUUCCCUUUACUUUAAUGAAUAUUGAGUCAACCUGCAAUGAAAUGUACUAGAAAAUUAGAAUAUACAAUAACAUUAACUGUUGAAGCCCGAAGGCAAAAGAGAGAUUAUGGCUGCUCCAGCAUGUGUGAGUUGUUGGUGUUGCCAGCCUUAUCCCUCCCUGAGUUUGACUAAAAUAAGACCAUGAAGACUAUUAAUGAAUUGCCUCUAUAAAUGUUAUCAGGAUUAAUUCUUAACAGGCAAGGAAGCAUGUGAUCCCUUGUAAAUUAAUAUUAAUCAGUAGCGUUCGUGUUAAGCUGCUUUAAGCCGCCGUCGUGUCCUUUUAAGUUACCCCUGGGGGACGAAUCAAGUGCUUUGAAUUUUAAUUCGGAUUGCAAAAUCGCAUAAUCUUAACAGGCUGUACCUCCAGGAAAACAACUUCAACAGGUCCCUACUUUACAUUCAAGUGUUUAAACUGCCGUGUGCAAGAAGAAAUCUAAGACAAGAAGAGAUAUGAGGCAAGAGACACAGAUCAUUAUAAGAAGGUACUUAAGCCUACAUGAAUCAUAUCUGUAUCAGGCUUUGACAUUUUGAAGAGCAUACCAGAAGUGUAGUUCAAUACAGCCUUGAACUUGUUGUUUUUUCAUCUAUUUUGGACUUGAUCUAUGAGAAACUGUUUUAGAAGACAUAUAUUCUCAAAGUUUUUAGCUUGUCUGAUACACUGCCGAAUGCUCUACACUAUUAGAAUUAGGGCCCAACCAUUAUGGAUUUUUUGGGGGCCAAUGAGGUAGUUAGUGGAUGAAGCUUGUCAUGAGGUCGCUGCUCCAUCUACAGGAUAAGUCGGGGAACUUUUUAAAUGGCAGAACAUUCUCAUCCCCAUUUAGAAUGCAUGAGAAAAUGAAAAUCAUGCUACUCCACCUUGUUAAAUGAGGAGUCAAUGAGGAGAGAAUUUCAAAUCUGAGAACAAAAAGUUUCAAAAAUAAAAAGAGGAAAAGGAUGAGAGCCAAAAACAAGAGGGCAUAUGGUGGGAACCUCUUGGGAAUGCUUGCAAAAUUGUGAAUAUGUAAGUGGUGGAAACAUGAGGAACAAUGAGAAAACCACAGAUGUGAAGAGGUGAAAAAAAUUAGGAUACACAGACAAUUUGUGCUACCAGAAUUCAAAUGUAUCUUUGCAGUCCUCAUUGUGCUCUUCUUUGCACUUCUGGUUCCAUUCAGUCUCUCUAACACACACAAACAUAAACAUGCACACGCUCACAGUUUUACACUUGACGGGGAAGUGUGUCAGAUGGUCUGUUGUGUUUCAUAACAGUUUUUCAGAGGUGUAAACAGCAGUUCAAUAUUCAUUAUGAAAAUUGGUCACAAACGUGUAAGCGGUCCCCCUCUGCAUGUCAUCAAUGCAAUCGUUCAAGGAAGCGUACUCCCAGAAAUAAAACAGUCAUUAGCAAUUAUAAUAGGGAAGACAAAUAAUGCAGUUUCUGUAAAGAGUCAUUUAUCUCACAACCAUUAGCAUAAACAGAGACACACUCAAUGGUUUUCCACAUCUUGAAUGAAUUUUCCUUGCUAGCAUCCAACCAUAAACCAUAACAUCCAACCCUAUUCUAGUCCUGGAGUAACUAUUUUGUGUUUUAUUGUUUGAUUUUAAGACGCUUUAUCACCUUUAUUAUAUUUUAUCAUGGUUUAAUCGUUUUAGUCCCAGAUCCAGUGUUUCCUCAGUCAUCUGUGGCAAAUCGAAGAGUCCUCACCUGGUUGUCUGUGUAUGCAUCUGUGUGUGUGUGAGCGUGUGAUUGCCAUAUGUGAUGAAUGGGGUUUGGGAGGGUAGGUGGGAUUUGGUGUUUUUAUUUUAAUUCAUUUUAUUGCAUUGUUUUUUAAUAUCCUGCGCAAAUGGACAACACUUUGUGCUACAUUCGAUGUAUGAAAUGUGCUUUAAAAAUAAAGUUUGAUUGAUAAAAGUAAAACCUAAUCUGGUUUAAAAUAUUGACUAUAAACACAACUUAUACCCUUCUUUUUGAAUACUGAGCAUCUCCUUUUUAUUACAGUGAAGGAGUACUGGUCAAAUCAGUUCCAGAUCUGUUGUGAGGACUGCAGGAUAGAGAGAGAGUGUGUGUGUGUGUGUGUGUGUUUUGGCAGAUGAGAUGGUAUUACCAUAGUACCUGGGGUAUUAGAGAAAGUCAUUACUGUCUAUCAGCGGGCAAAUGAGGACUUGUUUAAGAGGGGAUGAAAAGCCUUAUUGAAGAUGAAGGCUUGUUAUGGUAUCUGCUUAGAAAGGCAGCAAUGGGGGACCACAUUUCAAUAGAUAUUUGAUGGGUAAAGACAGCUGUAUUAACACGAGUGUAGCAGUAAGGGGGUUUCUAUUUAUAUACGUGUGGCUUUAAAUGAGUGCAUAUCUAUGAAAAGCCAUUUGAAAGAGGUUUUAAAAGAGGGAAAAUAUCACGUUCUCAUUCCAUUUCCCAAGAGGGUGAAUCUUAUUUCAUUUAUCUCUGCAUCAUUCCCUCCAUCUCAUCUGUUUUCCUCCUGUCAGCGCCCCUCUUUCCUGGAUCUUGCUUUCCAUCCCUGUGAAAGCUGAACAGGAGGAUGUGUCGUAUAGGCUGAGCAACACACAAGCCUACAGAGCUGAUCGGAGAAAAGCAGUUUUUUUCUUUAUCACUUUAGCUAAUACAGGAGAAAGGGGUCAAACAGUGAGUAAAAGAGAGAAUACCCCAUUAUGUAAGUGUCUUUCCACCUCACCAGCUCAUGCUGCAGCACGAUGAGUAUCACAAAAGUUAGCAGCUGAACAUGUAAACGCACUGGGUGAACGCUUAAGUUAGAGGCAAAUGACCUGAAGCUUCACCCACCAGACCUCAGCAUAAUCCCACACCAGGAGACACUCAGUGCGUUUACAUGUUCAGCUUAAUCGGACUAAGCUCAUAAUACAUUCUUUUCAUCGAAUUGGACUUCUCUCCUUGUCCGCGUAUAAAUGUACCUGAGAAAAUCAAACUGUUGACAUGAACGUGUCUUCCUACCCAAAACUUGGGGGCGAUAUGGGUCUUUUCAGCUGUUUCCAAUUGACCCCAAACAACCGUCAACAACAACAGCAGCUCCGUGCCAGAUGUCAGAAGUGGCUACAACUGCUGCUGGGCAUUUUCGACCAAUAAGAUGGAGUAUUGUACAGAGUUGUUUUUGUCGUACAUGGUGUACGCGCAACUUCUUCUUUGGUGUUUUUGUUCCAGGGUUAUGGGGGCUUGGUGAAUGCGCACAUGCAUUGUCCUAUCAUACUCCGACUACGCUGGUUACAUGGUAGAGAAAAUCGAAUUCCAAUCGCAUUAUCUGGGUGUCGUAAUCAGAGUUCUCAAACUCAGAUUAUGGUCGGACUUGGGUGUUUACAUGCACUUCAGUUGUCCGGUCUUAAUCGGAGUAAGGAUAUAAUUUGGUCUUCUCGAGUGUCAUGUAAACGAACUAAGAUUUCACAGAUAGAAAGGUUUUAAAGACCCAUGCAUUUAUGAAAAUUGUACAUUUCCAUCACAGUCAGGUCUGACAGGAAAGAGUUAAAUGUUAGCCAUGAAACUCGCUGAAACACAACGAUAACCCAUCAUCACUCCUUACAACUCAAGCACUUUGUCUUAACGGACUGACUGCCUGUUGUCUUUCUUCCUGCUCAUCACAGCGGGAAGAUUUUUUAUUUUUUUUUGCUUUGUAAGAGAUCUGCCUCCAUCUGCUCCUGCACCAGCCAAGCUUUUCUCUUCUACCCUGAAAUAGAGUUCACCUGGACUGUCAUCAUUCAAGGCCUGGCUAGGAACAGGGACAUCAUCAUUAAUCGCUGGCAGGGCAUCUCAGUUCCUGACUCAGCAGCUUCAGUCUACAUGAUCUAAAUUUAAAAGCUUGCCCUGAGUAGACAGUAAGGCCUUUGCAAACAACUUUUUAAAGAAUCAUCUAUUCAUAAGUGAAAAAAAACAGCUUGACAUUUUAAUUUUUAUCUAUUCUUUUUCCAACCAUCUCACUAGUAUUCAUGGUCAUCCUUGGAGCUAAGGUUUGGCAUGUUUGUUGAAAUAAAGAAGAAUGUAUUAACCACCGGCAGUCACAUAAACAGCAGAAGUAGCAGUGUUAACAUUAGUCUACUAUGCAUUUAGGUAAUUAAUUAUGAGGUAUUUUAGGGGCUAUAAAGUAACAAAGAUUAAUAUAAAAGAGUUACACUGAGACACUGUGAGAUAAGCUGUCACUUCCAGGGGGCUUAAAAUGGCUGAAGUUGGCUUCAUUUUCCCCUUAAUUAACUAUUGUGUUAUCCAAGGGUACAGAGUUGAUGUGUCAGCAGUGAAUAAUCUCAGCGGUUUUGACAGGCGAGUAAAAAUGAAAGAUUGCCAAAAACAGAGAGCAAUGUACUCUUCAGUAAAUACACCAGGCUCAGCUUGAAAAAUAAGAUGCUCUAAAUGAGGCCAUUUUCAUGUCUCAAAUCCAAAUUAGAGGGACUUAAUGUCUCAUGUAGGACACAGUGUAUAGGGACUUAUGAUGACUUACUAAAAGGUAAGGGCAAACAAACAGUUCAUGUUGCUUAAAACAUUUUUCAGACUUUCUAGAGCUUUUUAAACCAGAUCUUUACUUUUCUGCAUUGAAAAUAUCUACAUUAAAAUUGGAUGUCUGACAUUGCCCAUCUCCUACUUAUAAUUGAAGAGUUGCAUGGACCUUAAUUGUGACAUUAUGAAUUUAUCAGUAAGUACAACUUGCAUUGAAAGAAUACACAGUGUGAAGCCCCAAAGUUUUUCUUUGCUCAUUAACAUGAGAGAAGAAAAAAAGGGGUACUUGGGGAAAAAAGUGACACAGAUUUUAUUUUGAGACCAAUUCUAAGCUCUUUCUCUCUAAAUAAGGUUCCUGAGCAAGCAAAAGCCCCCAACAAAACAAAGCAAAGACUGGUCUCCCAGGAAAAGUGCACCACCUGUACUACUGCUUACAGGCUGAUGAAUUGGAGCAGUGGUUAUGGCUUUGCACCUGCCCAAAAACUAGAAGGAAAAAACAAAGAAAGUUUGCAUACAGUGUGUGUGUGUGUGUGUGUGUGUGUGUGUGCGUCUGUCCGUGUCUUGUGUAGCUUUGGUUUAGUCAUCAGUCCAUGUACCCUUUCCAUGUACAUGACAGUACAAUAACUGUCUGUCAGGCUUGAUUGGACAUGGACUGACAGGCAGUUCAACUUAUAUAAUCUGACAGUGAAGCAGUCAAGCACCUUCUACACUCUAAAAGUUCGACUGGGCUAAAUUAAUACUUACAAAGUAAAUACUAACCUAUACAUGAAAAAGUUUGGUGUAUUAUUAUGUUGAUCUAGUUAAAUUUGAAUCAUUUAUUAAUUGCAUAUUACUCAUUUUUGUUUGAACAAUAUCAGCUGAAAAUCACUGUGUAGAAUUUUAAUUUUAUGAAAUUUUAUAAUAAAUGCCACACAAUGGGAACUUUUUUGUUUUAAUCGCCAUAUACUUUCACUCAAAACACAUUAUUUAUAUUUACUCAGUUCAAUCAAUAGUUUUUAAUCAAAGUUGAAGUAAUUCAAAUCUGUUCAAGUAUGUUAAGAGUCACUUGUUGCCUUGAUUUUUUGAAGUAGACAAUGGUCAGACUUUUCUGAGUGUAGCUAGCUUCUUUUGGUCUCAGUGAAACUUUUCUGUUUAUGGUCACGAUAUGAAUAAUUUCUAGUUUUGUGAAUUAUUAGGCCCACAGGGCAAACGCUCAAAGUCAUUAUUGUAAUGCUGUGGAUUUUUUCUUAUUUCUCUUCUGGACAAAUUUUAAUUCGCUAUAGUCCAACAGCUUGAAGAGUUGUAGGACAAAUUAUAUAUCGAAACGUGCGGUUUGAUCAGGAUCAGUGUGCUAUUACUUUUCACUGUUUACAUAAGUUGUUUUAACUUUGCAUUUCUUAUUGUUAAUGUGGAAAAGCAUGAUACCACCCCUUUAAAGGUGUCAGAUCUCCAACCUGGAGGUCCAGGAGAAUUAAAUUCAAUUCUGUUAAGCUGCCAUAUGAUGAUCUGAAGAAAAGCUUCAUCAAGCCUCUUUAAAACUAAAACAAUAUUAUUCUUCCCUACAUGAUAAAAAUCGCAAAAUUAAAACCAUCACAGGUAAAAAUGUCUAAUAUCAACAACUGACUGUGUGAUAAAGUAAACUUAUUCAUCCAUUUCCUUUUUGUGCUUGCAGGAACCUUGGAAAGUCGGGAUUAAGAGUAUCCUGUUUAGGACUUGGUGAGUAGACUUUAUGAUUCGCUUUAUCAUUCAUAUUGCAAAUCUCUAUCAGACCUCAAAAAACAACCACAUAGGGCGACAUUGAAUAAAUAUGUUUCUGCAGUCCACAAGUUUGUUUCUUUUUUCUUCACACAAACCAGCUUCACAUGAGUCACUUACUGUCUUAAUGAACUCCUUUGAGCAAAUGUGUGAAACAAACAACACUAAAUUCAGAACUGGUCUGGCAGUAAAACUAUCAGGUUUGGAACAAAUCCAACUUCACAAAUAAUAUUCAACCUGAGAUGUUGAUUAUGAUCAGACAACAGAAAAACUUUGUGAAAUUAUAGUAAAUGAAUAAAGCAAACAGAAUGUAAUAUAAAAUGAUGAGAAGAAUCACUGACAGAACUUUGCAGAAGAACAAUAAUUCACUGAAACUUUUAGUUUUAUAAUAAUGUAGAAACUCAGAUUGAAGUUAAAGGCUUUGAAUAGUUAAAUGAUUUAUUACUAACAAAAUUACCAUUUACCAUAUAUGAACUCCAAAAAUUUAUUAUUCCGUCUGUUUAUUGUGUGAUGGAUCGAAGAGGAAGGAUUAAAAGUUUCCUGUUUGACAGAUCACUACAGUAUUUGGAUGAAUGAGACAUGUGGUUAUUUUAUUCAUAAAGCCAAAGCCUGGUUUUGGAAGUUUAAAAGAAAAACUAAUUUACUGUCCAGUCAGUUUCUCAGAAACUGAAAUAUUUAUAAAUCAAUUUAUUUUUUUCUCAGAUUUCACAUAAAAUACCAACUGAAACUAAUAUAUCUCUUUGAGAGUCAACUCCACAAAUCUAAAAUGAGCCUUUAGAAGAGAGGAUCUUUUUUUUUCACAAUCAAUUAUUGCUUAACAUCAGUAAUUCAAAGGGUUUGGACUAGUAACGUUACUUUAGUUUUAUAGCUUAAACUAAGCCAGACAACAGCCAGGAAACAAUGCAAGCGGUAUAAUCAGAUCUGCCGGGCAAACAGAGGAUUCUUCAGUCACUGUUUUCAGCCAAAUCAUAUACUUCCAAAGUAAAUACUUAGAUUUUUCAAAUUGAGUAUACUAAGCAUACUAUGUACUCAAUUGCUCAGUACGCGAGUUUCGAGGGUGCAGUGCUGUCCCAAAAUCACAUACUGCCGCACGGCGCACUCACCGGAAAGGACAACGCGAUUUGCCUCAUGUCUGAACAUUUAUUGUGCAUAACAGAAAAAUCACAAACUAUUUACAUAUUAAAAAAUUUAGAACAAGAAAACUAAAGAUACCCUAUUUACAUAUUAAACAUUUGGAACUUGGUAACUAAAGAUAAACUGUUUACAAAUUGAGCAUUAAAAACGAGAAAGGAAACUAUUUACAAAAAACUACUCAAUAUAUUUCAUAUUAUUUAUAAAAUAUAAAAUAUUGAUGUAAAAUAUAAUAUAAUAUAAAAUAUAAAGGCAACUUAUUACUUACAUCUAAACAAAGCUCCCAGGUCAACUGUCGCCGACCCACUGGCGCCACAGCCGUCCGCAGCCAUUCUUACUGAUGAAAUGAGUGUGGGCGAGUGUCCACAGUCACAUACUCAAAAUCUUGACCAAUUUGAGUAUGUUAUCCGGGUACUUUUGCAUUCUCAAUUUUCGCACACUAUCCAUACUUUUUUUAUUUUUAGUAGAGUAUACUCAAAAUUUUAAGUAUUUAGCAUGGAAGUAUGCGAUUUGGGACACAGUCAAGGAGACAUUAUGUGCUGGACAAGAACAACAAGACUGAGAUGGAGACAGCUUUGGCCUAAAGGUAGAGCAGGUCAUAUUCUAAUCAGUAAAUAAGCUACCAAGUUUACCAAAGUGUUCCCUGGUUCCCUAGGCUGGCCUUGCAGCCUCUGCCAUGCAUGAAAGAUUGUGUAUUAAUUUAAGACUGUUAUACCCGUGCAGAGGAAACUGUCAGACUGUUGCUCCAUGUAAGUGCAGUCCAGUUUAAGUGCAGUUUAUCAAGCUUUUUGUGUAUGCCUUAUAGUUCUAGUUUGAACACACUCUGGUCUUACUGUAUCUUGUAUCUGAGAAUUCAUCAACCUACUUUUUGGCCUCUUGAGUAGAACACCUGCUUCCUCUUAUUUACUGAGGAGCCCUUGCAGAUUGCUUUUAAACAUGCCGACCUGUACAGCAAAGUAGGUGGUAGAUAUGUACUGUUUUAGGGUUGCACAUGUACCUCAUAAUUUUACAGGCACAUUAUGUUAAAAUGCAUUUGUCACUGGUGUUACUUCACUUGGAUGUUUGAGCUUUAAGGUGCAGACUAACAUACCGGUAUGUGCAGUGAAAAAGUUAGGUGUGUUUGAUUUUUGAGGUGUUUUGCUUUGUUACAAAACUUUCUUUUAUUGUAUCAUGUCGUGUAGUGUCUAGCUUUUGAGGCUGGCUGUGAGCUCUGCUGCCCCGGGUGGUUCAUUGUAGACAGAGGGGUUUCACUCAAACUGGCCGAGCACAGUGGACUAGAAAAGGUCAGUUUAAUGUCAGCUGCCUGCCACAUGCUGCGCUUGAGGCAGACACGAUGCUGGCAGGGGAGAGGAGAAAGGCAAAGAGCAAAGAGCAGGAUGCUAAAUGGUGUUUCACUGUUGUCCACAAAGGAGUCGGAUAAUGAUGCAUAUGACAAGUAUUGACACAAACUUAUCCUAAUGUCACAGCAUAAUUAAGAAUAGUCCAACACACACAAAAAAGCUCAGUGUCACAGUACUGGCUGGAUUUUUUAAUAGUAAAAUGUUUGAAUGUUUGGGUUAUAAGAUAAGAAGAACUGUAUUUAUCCCCGGUGGGAAAUUCAAUAAUAUACUGUAUAUUAUAAUGAUACAAUAGUUUUUUAAACCUUCCCAUGUGGUCCUGUGGUUUUCCUCUUAGCUCUACUAUGUUUUCUCCUCUUGUUUUUUUAUUUGGAUUUUUACCCUAGACUCUGUAGCAGUAAGCCUUUGUAUUUCCCUGUUUUUGUUAAUAUAGCAUAUUGUCUACCUGGGUCCCCCUAUUUGUUUAAUAGUGACACUUAACUUUCACAAUUUGUUAACUGACAGUGUUGAACUAUGCCAAGGAAAGCUUAUACCUCUAUCCAUAAUUUCAUUUUCUCUUAAUUUGUUUGUGGUACAAAGACCAGUAGUUUUUUUUUUUUUACCUCUGUUCCAACAUCUGUUGCUCAUUUCACUUACAUAUCCUAAAAUCUGACAACUUUUGAUGACUCUUCUGCUCAUUUCCUUCGUAGCAGGAUUACAGAUGUAAAAAUCCAUCUGUCUAAUCAUUUAAAGGACAUGUUAUUUUCUGUCAUGGCCAAAUAUUUCUCCUUCUAACCCAGUGUUGUUCUCGUUGACGUUGACAAAAUCAUCGUCAAUGAAAACAACACUGCAACACUGUUUAGCGUUUGACUGACGAAAUGCUCAUGAAUUUUGCAACUCUGUUCGUCGUCCACCACUAACGUUUUCAUCCCGUCUCGUCAACGUAAAUGCACAUUCGUCUCAUCAAAUUUUAGUCAUCUAAGACUCAUGUUUAGCUCGUCAACGCCACGUCUUCGUCAUGGAAAAAAAGGGGCGUCAACGAAAACAACACUGUUCUAACCUCUUGCUGUUGAUAUGAAUUGAAAUUGAGCAAAAAUCACUGUAUCUUUUGAGUCUAUAAUACUCUCUGCACACCCCAUAAUUAUUAAUGUUGUUGCAUUAAUUCAUCUUACGAACAGAAUCCCCCCUUCCAACAAACACAUAAUCUAUGUAUAAGUGAGAUUCUGGAUAAGCAGUAUUGUCUUUCAUGAACUCUGUAAACUGGAUCGUUUCAUUGAAUGUUGAUAAAGGAGAAAAGUUGAGCAGGCAGUGACAUUAGUAUUCUACUCCCUUUGCCAUUAUGCAAGGGACAGACUGCAGGGCAGAGGGAGUGGUGAUGUGGAGAGAUGAAGUAAGAUGUGAAGAGAAAACUGAAAAGGAAAUAAAUAUCCAAACUCUUGGCUUGUAUAGCUUUUGUCCUGCCAGUAUCUAGCUUUUUCACCCUCUCUUUACUUCUGUGAUCGGACCCUCUGCUCUACCUCUGCCUUCCUCAACUUUUAUGUAAAGAGAUGAAGAGGAAUUCUGUUAAACUGCAACAACAUGAAGGUUUUCUGGACCAAUUUAAAAUCAGCAUUUUUGAUUCCCCCAUACAACCCCAGUUCCCCUAAAAUGAGAUGCGUGAAGUUUGAGAUGAGUGUUAACUGAACUAUCAGCACUUCUUUACAGACCAAUAACUUCUUCUAUAUGCAGCACAAACAUGCCACGCUCUGACCAGGUCCAGUUUUUCUCCUUGGCGCCUGCUGCAGUGAUGCAGAGUAACUGAGAGAUGAAUUCUUAAAAUGUUUCUCCUAGAAAAUCCUUCAGAGUCCUGCAGUGCAGAAAAGAGUGCAUUGCCACUGUAGACCAAAACUUUUCAGUCCACUACCCUCUUUUUCUUCAACUCUUCAACAUCAUCUGAAGCGUCUGUGUGUAUGCUAAUGCCAUUUCUUUUGUGUCCUUUCACUGUUUUGGUUUUCCACCUACUUUAUGAGGAAUGAGUCUGAGUCAUUAUCAAUCUAACCUCAGUAAAGCUUCUAUUGUUUCUAUAGCUGGUGGGAAAUUUGUUAUAUUUUAAGUACAUUUAACUAUGACUUCCUUUUGCUGACAGAGAUUCCUCACAGUGUAAACCAUACUGACAUGAGGGAUCUACAACUUUUUAUUGAAAAGUUAAACAUGUAUUUUGGUCAGGAUAAAGAGUGUGAAGUCAGUCUGCUAGCCAGGCUGCUUCUGUGCACGCCAAAGUCUAUCAAGGCAGUUUUUUGGUUUGACUUUUCACUGUGAGUGGAAAUGAAGGCACACAACCCUCAUUUUAGACACAGUUGUGACUCAUGCUUGAUAAAAUGUUUUUUCUCCGUACACUGCGUAAGAAGGGGUUUAAUUGUAUCUACAUUUAGAGAUGAUUAAUCAGACUGAUUAACUGUAUUUGGAUGUAAUCUGUAUCUUAUUGGCAUUGGCCCCCACAAGACUGAUAUCACCAUUGUCUUUACAAAUGGAAAAACACAUUUGACAACAUAUCAGAUCUAAUACUGACUAGUGUUUAACAUAAAUGCUGAUAAUCCUGAUGUAAAGAAUAAUGCAGUUUAACAAAAACGAUAUUUAACUUGUGUAUUUUUCCCAUCUUACUAAUUUCAGGCAACUAGGCAGAAAUCCCAAAAGUCCCUUGGGGCUAUAUUUGUCCAAGCCCAAUAUUUCUCUGUCUAUAUUUAUUUAAUAAAACAGUCACUCAAGAUCAGCAAUAUUCUUCUCAUUUGUUAGGAUUAGUAUAAUAAAAACAACGAUGUGAUAUCGGCCAUCACCUUGCCUGUUCUCUCAUUAUUAAUAUUGGCGUCUGCCUUCGAAAAAUUGUAAUUAGUCAAACACUUUUGUCAAUAAACUGUACAGUAGUAUAGAGCCUUUUGAAAAUGCAGCGAGUUUUGCUACAUAACUCAAAUCAAACUAUGAAUUACUGUUUUUUUUUUUUUUGUCUUAUCUGAAUAAAAAUAUGUAUGUCUGACCAGCUCAGUACUGUUCCCAAAAAAAAGACUCAACUUUGAUAUGUAGGCAGAGGCCAAAAUUUUCAUACAGUUAGGAGUUCAGUCAAACAGAUACUAGAGAUAAGUUUCGUCUAAAUGUGUGAGAAAAUGUGUGAGAAAUCGAGACUGAGGGGUUGAGCACAAAACAUAUAUGACACAUUUGUUUCUGUCACUUUUUCUUCCCUGGUUUUCUGACUCAUAUUCACAAAAUUGCACGCCAAAAUGUAACAGUGAUGCUGUGUGGAAGAAAACCCCCUCUGUUAAUAAUCCAAGACUAAUUCUCUCUAUAUUUUCUAUUUUAUUGUAUAUUCUAGGUGUUUAUGAUGACUGUGUUUAUGUAUCAACAAGUAUCAUGUUACCUAAUGCUAUGUUUGAUUUGACAUGGUUCAGCUCAGAUAUUUUGUGAGCAAGUUAUGCAGUUAAUCUCAUGAACUAAUCAUGGGAUUACACACCAGGACUGUCAUCCAUAGGCCAAUCAUCAAUGAUAGUUAUUGGCUAUUACUUCUCAGCUGUUAGAGUUAAAAGCUGGCUGUUGAUAGGUUGUUUUUUAGAGGCAGUUGAAACACUAAAACAGCUGUGGUUGCAGUUAAAUUGGUUAUUAAAAUAAAAAUAGAAAUUCAAGUUCAAGUAGCACUGAGUGAAAAUGAUACACAAGUUUUCCUGUUUAUUGGGUGAUAAAGGGGGAUUUUAAUUUUUAAACACUAAGCAUCAUGAACUACCUCAUAUUGUUUUAGGCAGUCCAGAUUUUUCUGGAACUCCCAGAAGACACAUAAACCACUCAGCUUUAAAAGGUUUUCACCAGACAUUUUUAUGAUAUAAAAAGAAAUUCCUCCCUUUCUGUCUGUCUGACCGAACUAGACGGCUUUAGAUCGCUACAUUUGGAUUGACAUUAACUGAAUGGGGAACCAGUUUCUGCUCCAACAAAGCAACAUGCAUAAUUUAAUGAGGGGUGUGUGUUAAAGUAAUAGUGUCUGCUCUCUUCAUGUUUUUUCAUCUGUUUUAUUUGUUAUGUUUAAAGGCCGAUCAGACACAUGUCGGCAGACACAAAAGUAGGCACACAUGCACAGAGACAUACUGUAAGCACUUAAAGGCAUGGUUGAUGAUCUGAGAAGCAGCUGAAAAAAACUGAGCUGUUGAGGCAGACUUGAAAAAAGCGUCCCAACCCCCACACACAAACCCCUCCCCUCUAUGUUCCACGAUAACCCCCCCCCCGCCAACCUGUAUCGCCCUCACCUACGACACACCCCCUCUGGCAGAGCAAGAAGCCGGUCGGCAGAAGAUCAUACGCUAGCUUCAAAUAGGAUUCAUCAUGUUGGAUUGCUAGUGACUAGCAGCAGUAAACACCAGCUCUGCUAGCGCGCACUGUCUGCAGCUGCCUUGACAGCUACUGUGUUGACAUUCCAGCGACUAACAAGAGUUAUUUAUGUAACAUGUGCCACAAUAAAAGGCAAAAAUGACCUGUUCAACAAAAACUCUGCUGUCUCGGCAUCUGCUUUCAGGCCCAAAUCACGGCAGAACUUUCUCCACCGCUCAAAGGAUGACCCGAUGUUUAUUCGAGUUAGAUUCCUCACUUGGUCACAUUUCCUCUUCGACUCUGCCCUUUCCUCUGUCGGCUUGUGUUUUCUUAGCACUUUUGACGGUGGGGCAAGCAGAAGUGUUUUUUUUUUUUUUUUUUUGCGUCCUUCUCCAUCACAGCUCCUGUAGCUAAGCUGCUACGCUACUUUUAGCCACUCAGAGCUCCGAGGAGGGUCGAGAGAGUGCAAGGGGACGAGUUGGAACUACGGGAGAGGGGUGUGUCAAAUACAGCGAGAUGAUUGGAUGGAGAGGCAGAGCAGGAGAUUUACCAAUAGGAGCUGUCCGGGACGGAUGGCUCCCAUUGGUCAAUGUUUUUGCAGCCCUGCACCUGCUAGGGUGAACAGAUUUUUUCUGUUCUUUCUUCUCUUCACUUUGUGGAGAUCACACUAUAGGACCAUGAUCGCCAUAUAAACGAGGUUCACAAUGAUUACCAAUCUCUCAAAUCCAGUGAUGUUUUCGUUGACGAGUCAUUGUCAACGAAAAAACAACAUUGGUUGUUUUCGUUGAUCGAUUUUUCACGACAGAGAUGUAGAAUUGACGAGCUAAACAUGAGUCUUAGAUGACUAAAAUGUGACGAGACGAAUGUGCGAUUAUGUUGACGAGACGAGAUGAAAAAGUUAGUGGUGGACGACGAACAGAGUUGCAAAAUUCAUGAGCAUUUCGUCAGUGAAACGCUAAACAUAUAUUCUGCAGUGUUGUUUUCGUUGACAAUGAUGUUGUUGAAAUAUUUUCGUCGUCAUCAUCAACAAAAACAAGACUGCUCCAAUCGUCAACCAUACCUUGAAGUAGAGAACAUAUUAACUCUUCUAAAACAAUACGAGCAAGAGACAAAAAAGCCAACUGGAGUUGAGCUGGAGCUGAAACAGAUUUUUCAUCAGGGUAUUGGUAGUGUUUACUCCCGUAGGUCAAUCAUAAAUACAAACACACACUGGCAGGACUGAAAUGUGUUCUAAUGGUAACAUGUUUCCAUCUCCCCUCAGGUACAUGGGUGACAUUUGGAGGACAGAUUACAGAUGAGGUAUGAAACCUUUUCUUUUUCUUUGUGAAUUUAUUUUAUCCCUGUCAUCUAAGAUGAAAUAUAAAUGGAUUUCACACCAACAGUCAUUCACACCGGGAGAGCAGAACUGAGAGAAGAUAACAAGAAUCUUUGAGAAGUACAGGUUAAGCUAUUGAGACAAAGAGAUCACCAUAUGCCUUGUAAUUUGUAAGAAAGUUGUAUUUUCUCACAUGCCUUAAAUACCUCCAAACAUUUUCUCCAUUUCAAAAGAAUAGAAAUGUUAUUUAAAGUAGUUAGAAUAGUCAACCACAUGACCUUUAACCUUCAGAGGACUGUUAGAGGGACAUACAAACCCCAGUGCUCUUGGUCAGACCAUGGGACAUUUUAUCUAACAGAGUGGUGUCACAGUUAACCUUGAUCAGACAGUUUGCUGGAUGACAUUGCUGUGAUACCUACAGGCUCAAUCAGCCUACAGCCAACUUCUGUGUUUUAUUCAUCCAUCACAUGUCAUCAUGACGUGGCUGAUGUUUUUUUUUUUUACUUAUAUAAAAAGGCCACAACCUUUUCAUUUACUUAGGUAAUUUAAGUUAUUCAGACUGACUCAUAGAUCAUGAUGUAUGAACAAAAACAAGGCGUGCUAAGGGUCAACACUCAUGUGCUUAAAUCCCCAUUCACACUGAUGUACCCUGUGUUCUCAUGUUGCUGCUGGGGCCGUGGUGUUGGUUAUUAAAUAUAUAUUGGCUCUCACAGUGACACUAAAGGAUAAGAGAACAGAGACCACCCAAGGGGACACAGAACCCAAGAGAUUAUGUAACAGUAUUAUUUCUCGUACGAUGAGGGUCAUUGGAAAAACUCAGUAAGUACUUCGCACUAGUUUAAAGUCAGAUCUACUAAAGGUUUGCAUGUGCAAAAACACGUGCAAACUUGAUAGCGCGCAUAAAGCUGAUCAACAAACUGGGUGCACCGAGGAUUGCGUCUGUCAAAUGAGGAAAACAGCGCACAAUCUGUUUAGCGUGUUUGCCGUCAUGAAUAUACAGAUUGUAUAUAGAUGUGAUUUAUGUAUGUAAUUUAUCAAAACCGGAAACUGAUUGUGGUCGCUGUUUUGCGUCGAUAUUUAGCACGUUUGAAAGGCACGUGCAAGCUGGCACAGCGUUACACACAAAUGGCUGCAGUCAUUGCGGGGAGAAGGAGGUAAAAGUGCAAAAGUGUUUUUGAGUAAAUGAUGGUUUUGAUAAAUAAUCGGUCAAACAUGGAACAGUCGCAACAAUUUAUCGCUGUGUUUUAUUGAUUUUAGAUUUUUUUAAUCUCUUUUUUUUUAUUGUGAAUUUAUUUUCUUGUAUCUAAAAUACUUUGAAUUGCCUUGUGUAAUGGUGCUAUACAAUAAAGCUGGCCUUGCCCUUCAUGUAGUUGCUAGCUUCCCCAAAACGAUGUGUGAACCUACGAUCUCUCUGCUCUCUUAAACUCUCCAUGGUGACGGCCAAUAGCGCACGCAAAAUCCUUGUUUAAAGACGGCGAACAGCACCACUUUUGCACCCGUUAUCAAAUGCUCAUGCAAUAAUAGCAGAUUAACCGCAACACGCCCACUUAUAGCACGUGCAAUAUUUUAGUCUGCACAUGCAAUUUGGCAUUCGCUAUUUGGGAUCAUAGUAGAUCAGGCUCUAAAAGUCAACAGUUCAAUGCCACUGUUGUAACUCAGCUCAACAGGCUUUGACAUGACUAGACAAAAUGCUUUUCUUAGAUUUAAAUGUCAAUCAUUUUUGCCAGUUGAAAAGCCAUAACAGCUAAUGAAAAAUAGAUUAUAUUAAAUGACUUCUCCGGGGACUAAAAAAGAAAACAUUUGUUUCACUGAUGUUGUUCCAGCAGCAACACAUUCCCAGACAAAGAGCUUGUAAGAGUGGUGAAAAUGCAUACUCACGCUGCUUACUCAUUCAAAGAGGGCAGAAGUGGAUCCAUAAAUUGUUAAGUGAAUUUGGAAAAAGUGUCUCUUUGUUGAUGUUCAGUUUGAUGCAAGGAGUGUGGAGGAGGAGAGGAUGCUAUGCAGCAGUAACAUCAUCUCAGGGCUGUGUGGGCAGCAUGUGGGAGGCUCCUGUGGCCUUGGUUCUGGGGUUGAGAGAUAGAAAGAACAAGGUUUUUUAUUUUUAUCAUUACAUCUGUUCUAUGUAUGGAAAAAUCCAAUUCUUCUACACCUUUGGUGCCCUAAGACGAAAGACGCCUGAGGUCUAGACUCCCUUGUUUUACUGCAACUUUGCAAUGACUCAGGAUUUUUUUCCAGUGCAUUUCUUUGUGUAUUGCAGUUUGCCCUUCACAGACAAAAAUAAAAUAAACACACAUUUGAAGUCUUGAGGACAGAUACAGUUUAUCUGAAGUAGCCAAAGACACAAAUAGACAUGUAUCUGUGUAAGCAAUAACGCUUUAUCAUCAAAACAAACACUUCAACCUUGUGAAUGCCACUAUCAGCCAUCUCUACUGUGACUGCAACUCAGUGUGAAUAAGUAAUCACCAAGAGCUGGAUAGUCACACUUUGAAAAAUGAGUUGAUUGCUGUUAUCUUGGUUUCAUCGUCUCAUAUGUUCUCAGCAUAUUCCUCACUUUGCCGUACCUUUCGAACAAACAACUAACCCUAACAAAGUACUUUUGCAGAAACUUUCAUCCAGAGGGACGUGCAUUUUAGAGAAAGAACAAACUUUUUAAUCCACAUCCAGUUUUGUCCUCCUUCACGGUCUGCAGAAAAUCUCCUAUUGGAAAAACUGUCUCCUGUGUGCUCAAAAGUUGCGACAGAGACAAUCCUUCACCCGUAGAGACCAGUUAGUUUGAGAAACAACAUAGCUUUUCUUUUUUCUGGUCAUCCCUUGUUUCCAAUUCUUUGCCUCAUUAGUUGAUCUGUAUUUGAGAAAGCCAUGAAGUCAUGUCUCUGCAUGCUGCCUCUGGUCGCUCUCAUGGCAGACUGGAGGAGCCAUUUGGAAAGUGGCCACUCUUCCCUCACCUCCCUGAUCUUUCAUCCUCUUCUCUGAGAGGUGGAUUUCUAUCACAUAAUGUUGACACUUUUUAACAGAAACAACUUUUACUGCGUAAUAUAAUGACGACUAUAGCCUCCGUACCACUCGGCUAUCAGUGCGCCUUUAUUGAUGUCUUUUAUCACGUUUCUCUGCCUUGGUUUUGCUAUACCAAUCUAGAUUGGAGUAGUUUUCUUGUUACUGCUUUAUUCCUAAUGUGUUACAAUUAAGUGUAUCUGCAUUAUUUAGCACAGUUUGUUGUUACUGGAUCAAAUACAUCAGGCUUGGACAGGUGCCCAGUUUGAGCAUGUUGCAGAGAGAGAGAGAGAGAGAGAGUUGAGACGGCUUCUCGGAGGACAGAUUAUCUAAUUCUCCUGGAAACUACACCUCCACUGGUAAACACACACACACGGGCGAGCACACACACUAUAGUUUGUAUACAAGCAUAUUUCUGUCCUCACAUAUUUACAAAACAAUCAAACCCCACUUUACUUUGAGCCCUCUUGAAAACUCAUCACUGGAAAUUGGUUCUCAGUCUGUGAUUUAUGGUCAGAAACGGUGACACGUCAGCUCAUCUGUCGCACACAGACUCUCUCUCUCUCUCUUUCUCUCUCUGCUGUCUCUCUCUCUCUCUCAGUCACACACACAAAAGCAUUUCAAUGCACAGAAAAGUGUAAACAGGUAUUAACCAGAAAGGAAUGAAUUGACAUAGCCAUAAAUCAUAGAGAUGGGCAAUUUAUCACAGAUAAUUAUACUGUGAUCCCACCUAGUCGACAAAAUCUGUCCUUCAACAGACUGAAAGUACAAGCACUUACACACUCUGUGUGGGUUCAAGCAGAUAACUUGAGUAUGCUGCAGCAUAUUCACACAGGGCAUAUUGCAGCCUAGACAGUAUCCAAUACAUCCUUUUCAACAGGGCACUGUCUUUGAGCUGUCUGUGAAUGGUUCAUCUUGCUGCAGUGCUGCUCAUAUAGCUUUUCAUCAGACCAGUUCAUCAUAGCAACCCCCUGAAGGUUGUAGCCAUGCUUGAUCUUGAGUAGUUUUUACUGCAUACUGAGAAUCAAAAGUCUGUGUUGUUUGUGUUUUACUCAGUUGUUCACAUGGAAGCUAAAAGAAGAAGUUGUGCCACGAAUAUCUUGAUGAAUAAUUCAGACUCUGGACCCGUGCAGGACUCUGGAGCUAUGAGCUGCUGUUGUUGUCAUUGUUGCUGUUGUUGUCCCCCUGACUCUUUCUCUCUUCUCUGGACGAGGUGGUGGUGUUGCAGCUAUUUAUAAUUCCAGUCUUCGAAUUAACGCUAGACCAAAACUGCAUUAUGACUCUUUUGAAAGUCUUGUUCUCAGUCUUCCGCAUCCAGACUCGAAGACCAUGGGACCACCAGUAUUUGCUACAGUUUGUUGCUCAUACUCAGAGUUUUUGUCAGAAUUCUCAGAGUUUCUAUCUGAUCUAGUCCUUAGUGCAGACGAGGUCAUUGUUGUAGGUGACUUUAAUAUUCAUGUGGAUGUGGAAAAUGAUAGCCUAAGCAUUGCUUUCUUGUCUUUGUAAGACUUUUUUCCUCUUUUGGAGAGCAUCUUGAGAUAACUAUUGAUGUGAUUUAGCCUAUGCAAAUUAAAAUUGAUUGAUUGAUUGAUUAAUUGAUUCCGAGGUUUUGUUUCAAGUCUUUGUAUGGAUGUUUGAUCCUCUGUCCCUUUACUUGCCUACUUUACUUUCAGGGUUUCUUCAGUUAUUUUGUUCUGUUGUGUCUAACUCAUCGAACAAAUCGCUGCUUUGUGUGUUCUGCGUGAUGGUUCAUGGUCUGAGGAAGAUUUAAGGCAGAAAAAUGCCUGUCAUAAUAUUAUGAUAAAGUGUGAAGAUUCACUUCCUUGAUAAAAUCUGGACACGUACGUGUUGAUAUGCAAAAAAUGUGAAAAUGUACAAGAUAUUGAGAUUCCACAACUCUGCAGCUCUGUCAUGGUCGUGUCUCUCUUACAAGAGCCUAAAACGAAUAUUUUGUAAGUAAAAUGAAAUAAAACAUUCAGUCUCUGAUCAUUGUGUGUGUGUGUGUGUGUGUGUGUGUGUGUGUGUGUGUGUGUGUGUGUGUGUGUGUGUGUGUGUGUCCUGACUUCCUGCCAGGUUGCAGAGCAGCUAAUGAGUAUUGCCUAUGAGAGUGGAGUCAACCUGUUUGACACGGCUGAGGUCUACGCAGGCGGCAGGUGGGUGUUAUAUGAGUCUCUGAGAUCAUUGGAGGUUCAGGUGAGCUCAAUAACCUGUUCGUUUUCAUUUUCUGAUGUGAUCAGAUACAGACUGGUUUAUUUGACCAGAAACAAAUUCUUGCUAGUGAUGUGUGGCAACAAUUUUUGGAAUUGCUGCUCUCUGUGUAAAAUAUUCAUACAUAUGGAGUCUAUUAAGGUCUCGUUUAGAACUUUGUGGCUGUUUAGGAUUUUUUUUUUUUUUUUUUCAGUUUGAAAAAGGCAUAAAGCUUUGCUAUCUAGAUCUACAGAACACCUGUUGGCCUGUGUUUAACUCUGUAGGAGAAAGUGAACAGAGUGAGCGUCAGUUUAGAAACCAGUCCAGAGUUGAAGGGUUUUGGUCUGGUCUGUUCAAACAACCUAAAAGGACAACAAAGAGGUGUUUUCCUUUAAUCAAUUUUAUCAUCCAACAGAAUAAAUAGAAAAUCAAAACACUUUUAAUGAUAAAUUGCUCUCAAUUUGAGUUUGCAAUAAUUUAUGAAUGCACCAGUAAGUUUUUAAUCAUCAUUUAUAAAAAGGGUUUUCAUCAAUUCAUAGACAGGAGGGUUUCUCGGUUGAUUGGGAAUUUGUAUAUACGAGGUUGAUAUUGAGGAGGAACAGUCCAAGAACUCAAAUUGGAAAUUAAUAACAGUUGCUCAUUUACUUUGCCUUGCAGGGCCGAAAUUAUUCUUGGGAACAUCAUCAAGAAGAAAUGCUGGAGGUAAUGGUGACAUAAAUGUUUCUGAUGGCUUCAUCACUGCCGUACAAAAGUAAGAUGGAUAUGUGUGUAGUCUUACAGAGGCAAAACGUAAGUGUGCUGUGUGUUUGUUGGGUAUGAAGAUAAAGAGAGAGACAGUAAUUAAAGGUAAUGAUCUAUGUUGUGCAUGGUUACAUUUUGCAGUUACACUUAUAUACAGUACAUACCCUUACACACAUUUUAAUAUAACAUAUUGGAAAAAGUAAAAAAAAUGGGUAACAAUGCUUUAUAGCAACAAUCAUAACACAUUAUAAAGCAUUUUAUCAUGACUUACAAGGUCAGGUAUUAUAAUGUUAUGUUAACAACUCACUGACAAUGCCAAUAUAGAUAAUGAAAUGCAACUGUUGGCAUUAUAAUCAUUUGUGAGUGUUUUUAACUAUGAAGCCAAAGUUUUCAAAAAUCCCCAUUGUGAAGUUUUUCAAGUGUAUUUUUUGUAAUUGAUCAACUGUGAUGUGUUGGAAAAUCAGGGAGGAGAAAUUUGUGCCAAAAUCAAAUUAUGGAACCAAAUGAGUCUUUCCCUGUUCCAACAGCAGCAGUCUCUUUGUACAAAGAAGAAUUUCCCAAUAGCUGUUGGGUCGUGCAGCUUAAGCCUGCAAAACCAGCGGACUAUCAGAAGCCUAGUGUGACCUUUAAAGUCUGGACGCAUAAUGCAUUGAGUGUGGGGGGUGGGGUGGGGAGAUUGAUGUCUAAACUACUGGUCUCCAAAAAAAUAAAUAAGUAAAUAAGCUGCAACAAAAUUAAGCUACAGAUCCUUCAUUUUAGUAAUCAGUUCCAAAUAUCAAACCUGUUAAAAUUAUCUUUACAUUACACUCAACGAUUUAAUCUGCUUACCCAGAUUCAGACCAGGUUCAUAUGAGAGCUAUCGUGUCAUAUUCUUAGUUAACAGUCUUAUUCUGAGUCCAUGCCUGUCACGUCCUGAGCAGCAGUAGGUGGUUUGUGCUGGUACGAUAAGGACACACUGAACUAUUUCAGUCUUGCAGUGUCAUCCUGACUUUAGAAAGCUUUUAACAGAAAGAAAUAGAGUACAGAACAUAUCAGAGGAACACAACUCUAGAUAGAGCUUCGAUUAGCAUAUUUGACAUUGUUUCCAUGUCAUGAACUCAGUGGGUAUAGAUUUGAUGCAGAUAACUCAACUCUGCAUAAUAUGUUUACUUUUGGGCUCUUCCACAUUAAGUAGUUGUCCAACAACAGCCACUCGACAGAAGCUCUGUCUUCUUUAGUUGGGAAUACAGAGAGUUGACUGAGCAUAUGUAAUGACAGAGUGUCACCUAAAGCUUUCAAGCAGUUUGUGGGUGGCACACCUGCUGUACCUCUCAUUAGUCAGACAGUUUCAGGGAAAUACUUGAACCAUGUGUUGGAAAGAUAUGAUUUUCAGUUUUGCAAAGGAUUAGCGCUGCAGAGGAUGAACAAAUAUAUGAAGCAAACUAGAUUUGUAGGCAAUGAAAGCUCCUGUUUAUUAAAACAUGUUCAAACAUACACAGAACAAUUAUAAUACAUAAUGUGGUAACAGUGCGCUCAUCUUUCUCCCUCUCUAUGUCAUUUUUCUUUCACAGGCGAUCCAGUUUGGUCAUUACAACGAAACUCUACUGGGGAGGAAAGUAAGUUAAACCUCUCUUGACUGUCAUUUUCAUGCCAGAAAGCAAAGUUUCAAAUAUUUGUUAAGCUUUCUCUGUGGAGGGGAGUGUUGCUGACCAUAGACUGUAUAUAGAAUGGAACAAUGUGACUACGCCUCCUGACAUGUGAAUUCGAAGCCAAAUUGCUCUUGGUAUUUCCGGGAUUCUCUCCAUUUCUUGAAACUGGCAGUUGCGCAGUAGCAUUCGGUUAGUAGAGUCACUGUGAUGACGCUUUGCUCAAACAGCGUAUCCCCUGGACGAUCUAUGCAAUCUUUGUACACCCAUAGGCUGUAUCAAAUGUCAAUCAUAGAAAACAUGGACUCUUAAUAACUUUUGAAAAUGGAGCUGCACAGAAAAAAAUAGGACAAUAACAAGAUGUCCAUGUUGCAACCAAAGGGGAAAAAAAAUUAUAUUCUGUGAGAAUUCUGUGAAAAAGUUUAUGACCUGUACUGCAACCAGUCACCAGGGGGUGCUGUUGUGGCAGAGGCUUCACCCAAAGAGGAGGCAGAUGGCGUCCAUUCUCUAUACAGUCUAUGUUGCUAAAUUAAAAUUUCCUGUUUUAAAAACAAGAAUUUUUCAAAAUUCUUUCACAUAUCUACAGUUAUGGUUCUCAAAUAAGUCAAAUAAUUCCUCUUUAUAUCACUGUUACAUACAUUUAUAGCUAUAUUUCCAAAAUAAUAAUAAAGCAGUCCAUUACUUUUGUUCUUUUUAGCUACCCUACCCAACAUCACAGUUAAAACCAGUUGGACUAAUUAUUCUUCAAUUGAAAUGUCACAGAGAUGUUGAUUGUGGGUUCAAGUUUUCAAACUACUGUGUUGGCAUAGGAGGAUCUUUAACAGAGGUAUAGUAGAGGCAAGAUAAGAUGCAGGCAGGCCAGAGCAGUGCUGUUUAUGCGUGCAUGUGGAGUCUUCUUUGUGCCUGUACCUCUUUGUGCUACUGCAGUGAUGUGAUGCAAUGUAAAAUCACACACCAGGGACACAUUAUGCUGUUUUAGGAUCAGUGUAAAAGUACAAAUUUGGAAUGACAGCUGAGCUGCCCCUUGUGGAUACAAAAGACAAUCCACAUCAACAGAGCAGUCACUCAUGAUGUUACAGCACCUUUUUAUGAAAUUGUAUCAAAUGACUAAAGCGAGUUUAUUUGGGGGGGACAAAUUAAGACAUGGAAAAAAUGAGCACAAUACAAACCAGUUAUAAUAAACAAACGUUUUUGACAAAUUUUGGAAGCUUGACUCAUGACUUGUGUUUGAACACAAGGGCUAUCAGAAUAUUUUUAUUCAACUUUUGAAGUGCUGCAGAUGUUACAUAUCAAUGUCAUAAAAAUAGGACAAAUGUGGAAAAAUGAUGAAAACGUGGAUGGGUUUCAGAUGAUUUAAACCCUAUCAAAAAUAGUGCAAAUCCAAAAUAUCAAAUUCUGAGACUCAAAAAUAUUUUGGUGUUAUGGAAAGAAUAUGCUUAUUUAGAGAUUUGGUACCAGAAAAACAGUUGGAGUAGGGAAAACAAAAAAAGUUGUGUAAUGCUUAAAACGACCUGAGUGAACAUCUUCCAACCGGUUGUAUAAACUUGCAUUAGGAAAGUAACAUCUUUACUCCCAGGAGUAAAGAUGGAAAGAGGUCCACCACUAUGUGAGAGAAAGAGUUUGAAGAGUUCAUCAACCGCAGUCGAUAAUAUCACUUGAAGAUUUCAACAAUGUGAUGGAGCCAAUAACUGAUACUGCACUGCUGUGGUUUUUAGGCCAGUACUACAUUAAAAACAGGCCUGACUCAGUUGUGCAAAUCACUGCAUAGGCUGAAAAAUGAAAACUGACUAACAAAAUAUUUGAAAGAUUGACAAUUUUUAUAACACAUUCUCGAAGAUUCAAAAGUGAAGUUAGCCUAAACUAAUUCAGACAGACAGACAGUGGAGCUCAUGUUGUUGGUGUUUUGUCUCAUUAGAGCAGAGACAGAAAGAGGUCUGUCCCGGAAACACAUUAUUGAAGGUAAGACAUACAAACACAUGACAUAAGCUUAAGACACCUGUUUACUGAUCAUAAAAAACCUAAAUAAUAUUGUUUCAAUUGGAUCAACUUCACCUCUACACUGUGUUCACUCUCACAUCUCUCUAUGGCUUCCAGGUCUGAAAGACUCUCUACAGAGGAUGCAGCUGGAGUACGUGGAUGUAGUUUUUGCAAACCGCCCUGACAGCAACACGCCCAUGGAGGGUAAGUUAGCCAAUCGGCAUUCUUGUAUGCAGCGUUGUAUCGUAUCUAAUCAGCUUGUAAAAUCACAUGUCAGCAAUGAUGGAGUAAUAUUGGAUUGGGGAUGUUUUUCCACGCAGAGCCUUUUCUGCAGUGAAGCUAAAGUGAGGCAGACAACACAAUACACCAGAAAGUAGCAUAGUCAUUUUCAGAAUAUUAAUGCACACACACACACAUAUUAUUCAUGUAUGAUAAAAAAAUAUAUAUACAUUAUUUUGACAUUGUAAUAUGGUGGGAGCCCUUUUUAACUUGCAGUAAGGUAGAUUGAAGUACAUGAGACAUCAGACCUUAACAGUUGACUUUCCCAGAUGUUACCUUAGUGUAGAUUUAAACACUCAGCCCUCUUAUUUUUCCUCUCUGUUGUUGCAUUUGACAGAAAUUGAAGCUUUGAGGUAGUAUUUAAAUGUGCUCACAGGGUGCAAGAUCACAGCAUGCAGCUGGAGCUGGCUGGUAUUUGGGCAGAAAGAGGGAUGUACUGAAAGACACAAUUUAGACAGAGAGAACAGGCAGAAAUGUUUAUUUGUCACUUUCUAUGGCAGGAUGGUAAUUAGACAUCUGUGUUCAAGGCUUUAAUGAUGGCUUACAAACAGAAUAGAAAGCUCUUCAUUAUUUUACAUCCCUCUGCUGGUCUUUUACUUACCUUGCCUCUACGUUUUACUUUUUUUUUCUGUCCCUGACAUUUUUCUUUUCUACCAGUAUUUUUCUUUGACCUUCUUAACCCCUUUAUUCUGUUGUCUUGCCAAGAACCAGCGAAGCAGAGUGAAACUUAAGGGUCUUGCCACAGUGAGGGAUUGCAGUAUAAUUGGAGUGAGUGGGGGCAAUGAUGAACAACCUUAAUGACAGCUCUAAUCGGAGUUUCGGUUGGCCAUGACUGCUGUUAGCCGGCGCAGUCAGCAGUGCUGGAGCUGGAGCUGAGUGCUUUGUUAAAAAUGCAGCAGCUUGAAUGUGAUCAGAGGGGCUGCAGCGUGCGAGCUUGUUGGUUUGUGCGACGGUCAUCAGGGAGAGUCGAGGAGGUGGCAGCAGGUGGAAGAGUGGCAAUAGAUGCUUGCAUAUUAUACAACAAGAGGACAUCCUAGAUUUUUUUCUGUCCGAGGUUUAGAUAUAUAUAAAAAUUCUCUCACCCACCCUUCUCUCUCCCCGGUGGGGGCGGGUGGAUGUUCAUCCUCUUUGGCUCAGGUAUUCAGGUACUGCACUCUUCUGGGGUGAGCUGUUUCCCCAGGGAUACACACACAUAUAUAUAAAUAUACAUAUACGUAUAUAUAUCUCCAUCCUUACCUUUAAUGAGGCCUGGCUAUUGCUGAUUCAGAACAUGUUGCCACUUCUAAAAAGUGACUUCAACCUUGUGCAUGAAGCUCAUUCAGUUUGCCUUUCAUGUUAAAAUAAAUAUAUAAAGCAAGUGUUAAAGUUCUUUUACUGAAUAUUUUGGUUGGUCACUUUCAAAAAGGGUCUUCAACGAUUUCAUAUACUUUUUUAUUGAGACUAAUGACCCUGAGUCAUGUUUCCUUUAUUAUUAUAAUAAUCAUUAUUAUCGUAAUUCUUCUUCUUCUUAUUAUUGGUAUCAUAGUUUUGUUAAGUGAAUUUAAAAGCAAUAAAGGUUGAUCCAGCAGCGACUGAAGUAUUUUGUUUGUUUGCAUGGAUUACCUUAAAGUUAAGACUGUAAUUAUGUAAGAAGUAGUUAAAAACACCUGUUACUGCUUUUCAAAGGACAAACUGUCAUUAUGUUCGCUUUUUUAUACAAGGGGGAAUUUAUACAUCUCUUAUUGCAUAUCCAACUGGCUCAAAUCUGGGUCUGUGUGUAUCUCUACAGAAAUAGUUCGAGCCAUGACCUACGUCAUUAACCAAGGCAUGGCGAUGUACUGGGGAACGUCUCGGUGGACAGCCAUGGAGAUCAUGGUAAGUAGCAAAAAGCUUUCAGUGUAAUGUCCACAUUGGAGAUAUUCCAGCUGCAACCAUCUUUAGUGAGAAAUAUUAGUGAAGUAAUGAAAGCAUUUAGUUGGAUCACAUAUUUGCCAAUUAAACUUUAUGAUAAAUGAAUUUCCAAACAACACCUCCUUUAAGUGUUAAUUUCAGUUUUGAGUUACAUUAACACCUGCUGUUGCCUUCAACAGUCAGUAAUGAGGAUUGAUGCCAAUUAAUUUCAUGCAGUUCAGUGUCAGGGGAAAAGUUUUAUGCUGUCUGGUUGAUGAGAUUUUGUACCCCACUGAUUUGAGUAACAGACAAAAACCUCUUUAAUAAUAAUUUUUAAAAAAACCUCACAAUUGAUAUUUUCUUUGAUAUGGAAGAUGAGAACGGCCAUGGAUUUUUUUAUAAUGCACUGUUAUCCUGUGAUAAUGACUUAUCUUGUUAUCUUGAUUUAACAAAGUUCUUUUUCUCAUGAUAACAAAUUAAUUAAUAAAGUGUCCACCAUUGUUUCUGUUGUUGUCCGAUUCACUCAUGGCUGUUAAAUGUUCCCAAGUUGAAAGUGUAAUGCACAUACGCAAAGUAGAGUGUGACGUCUGCGUUUUCAUCAAAAACCCUAGCUUGCUGUUGACAGAGGGCGUCUUAAAAGUUUCUGUUUUAGGUCGGCAAAAAUGCCAUUUCCAUGUAAACAAGGGGCCGAAACGCGACAAUACCCUAAAACCGUUGUCUUAUAAAUGAGAAAAACUAGAAAACAAACUUUGUUAUAUCGGGAUAAAGAGAUAAUAAGUCGCACAAAAAAAAAGAAGAAAAUUCAUGGCUGUUCUUUUCUUCUGUCGUUUGAUCCAAAAGAUGAACCAGUGAUCCAAAGCAUUGAAACAGCACAUAUGAUCAGUUAAUUUAACAGUCUCUCACUUUGUUCCACCUUGGUCACGUAAUAGUAAAGGUGUUUAAGUGUUCUUAUUUAGUCUCAGUGGUUUUCGUUUUCUGUCAGAGACCAGUUACCUCCUGUUUUAACUCUCACUGCAGUAACGGACAAUCUGUACAAACAGUAUGUGAGGCAACAACAGAGACAUAUAAUUAACUCGUGCCGAAAGUGAUAUCAAGUCCCUAACACCCAUUCUCUGCUCACUCCUCUUUGCUCUUUCCUAUCUUCAUCACCCUCCCGUCACCCUGUUAGCACAGUGCUGCACUUGACACCUGCUCUGUGUGAUCAGGGUGAAAGUGGGAAGAUAUCUUUGUGGAACACAUGCUCGAAUGGAGGCUGUGUAAUUUAGAUAGCAUCAAUAAUGAAGGGGGUAUAUAGACUGACUUUGUAAAUGACAACGCAGCAGACACACUCAUACACACAUACACACACUUUGUACAUGUACACACACACUGGCUGGAGGCUCAUGUCAUGGGGUUGCAGCACAAAAGGCGACAUGUAGUUUGUGCAAUGAUCGAUGGCAUCAACAUUAUCCUUCUCGCCCAUCCUCUGGUACAUGUUACUUCAUGAAGGACAUUUGGAAAUAAGAUAGUAUGAUGGAAUUAGAACUUGAGAGCUUUAAUACAAACAUUGAUUGGAUAUCUUACUUUGAAUUUGCUCUCCCACAAACUGAUAAUUAUCCCCCAUCUGCUCACAUAGUUGUUCCAACUACUGGGAAAAAAGUGCAAUAUGCAACAUCAAUUAUUCAUCUUCUGCUUUCUUUCCUCUAGGAGGCCUAUUCUGUAGCAAGACAGUUUAAUCUUAUUCCUCCAGUGUGUGAGCAGGCAGAGUAUCAUCUGUUCCAGAGAGAAAAGGUGGAAGUGCAACUGCCUGAACUCUACCACAAAAUAGGCAAGUAUCUAGUAGAAUUAUGAAUUAAAGUUAACAGACAAAUAAACUCAUACUCUGUUCAUCGCUGUUCAUUUUCUUUGAUUUUUUUUUUUUUUUUACCAUUGGAUUGAUUUUUAUCUUUUGAUACCUUUUAUAAUUUCCAUCACUGUUACAGCACAUUUUUUUCACUCAUUUCACUUAAUAAAACCCCUUCUUUUUAAACUCUCUGUGGUAUCCAUGGUGACAGGAGUUGGGGCAAUGACCUGGUCACCACUGGCAUGUGGCAUCAUCACAGGAAAAUAUGAAAAUGGCAUUCCUGAAUCUUCCAGGGCCUCCAUGAAGGUAGACGAUCUCACAUCAUCAUGAUGGUUACCUUCAUGCCUUACAAAACCAUCAGAGUAACAGCAAUUCUGAUUCUGAACAGACUUUAUAAGUCAAACUUUAGCUAAUAUAGACAAUGGAAGCACUGUUUACAGGGGGACAAGAAGACAAAGUAAAGUAUUAUAGAAAAUUAGUCUACAAGAAGAGAAAAGUUACUUGUUUUCUUAAGCUUUAAGUUAUUUAGGCUAUAACUUAUUUAAGUAUUUAUCCUCAUUUUUGCUUGUUCCUUAGUCUACAGUAUGUAAUAUGGGGAGUGGGGGGUUGGGGUAGGUGGGUGUGGCACAGGUGUUCUCUGAACUGAAAGAUAAUGGUUCCCAGUUCUCAUGUUGAGGGUCUUUGGGCAGGAUGAUGAACCGCAAAUUUCUCUUGCGUAGCAAUACUUACCGAUGGGCACUUCACAUAUUAUACAGUGCUAUCACUGUAUGAAUGGGUCAGUGAGACCUGUUGCAGUGAAAAGGCACUUUUAAGUGGUUAAAAGAAAAGUAUAGCAAUAAACAUGCACACUUUAUUUACCAUUUAGGAUUCAAUUUCAGCGGAUGUGAUUCAGAUUAUUUUCCCAUCAUUUCAGGGCAGUGAUCUCCCUUUUUUUCUUGGUUCAAUACAUAAGCACUCAGUUGUUUUUUUUUGUCUUAAUUUACACAGCUAUGACAACAACAUGGGCAAGGAUACUUUACUGUAUAUAUAGCAUAAUACAAAUACAAAGAUUAACCAGUUGAAAAUAUUAACCUGAAGCUAAGAAAUGAACCAUAGAAACAUUUUUAAACCAUUUAUUAAAACCCCUUAAGGACAAUUAUCCUUGAUGAAGACAUUUUUUAAAUAUAAUCCUACUCAUGAAAAAGAUCGAUUUGUAUCAAGUUUAAGUCAGCACAAGGAUUGUAUAAGUGAGCAGAGACUCAAUGAGAGGUGAAACAACUAGCCUAAACAUAAGCAAACACCAUAAACUUUUAUCAGUAAAUUUAAGCAAUAAUUAGUUAUUGUACUUUUUUAGCUAGGAGCCAUAAAUUCAUUCUAUUGAUAGCCUUUUAAACUUUGUGAUUUAGGACAUAAUAUGGUUUUAUAAGCUUUAACAACAAUUAAACGCAACUUUCAGGGGAAUAUUGUCUAAUCGAAACUCAGCCCACACAAUAUGCCCAUGGCCCUGAUGUCGAUGAAACAGAUAAAAAAAAGUCUGAAUGAUAUUAAUGACCAAUCAUAUAUACAUCAGUCGCACCUUAGCUAACUUGGGGCACUUGGAAUAUUUAUCUAACAGCCUUGGUGUCUCAACCCUUCUGUGACUUUGUUCGCUUAUAUUUCCAAACGUUGGUUUCCUGUGCCCUGUUUGAUCCACAUCUACUCCUUUGAUGAUUUCUGUCCAAUCUAUUUUUCAAGGGCCUUCUUUCUCUUUGCUCACUCAGUUUUUCUAUUUCCACGUGUCUCAAACCAGUCGUAUCAGUGGCUGAAGGAGAAAAUUGUAAGUGAGGAUGGAAGGAAGCAGCAAGCCAAGCUGAAGGAGCUAAACCACAUCACAGAGAAGCUGGGCUGCACUCUGCCUCAGCUGGCUGUGGGUAAGACUCAACUCAACUUCUAAGAACAAAUACUGUCAAAGCAAAGUACCGAUUUAGAACAGAAAGAUGGAAAGCUAUAUAUAUUUAUGGUAGACCAAAUUCAAGUUAUCCCGCAGAUCCUGUUCUUGUCUUUGAUUCAUCGUGUGAGUUUUGAUGUUCGCAAAAUUACCCAGACCUUUUGGUGCACAGCAUUGCUAUUAAGAAAAAAAUGACAGAAGCUGCUUGGAAGGAUGAAGCAAAUAUGUUAAAUUGUGUAAAAAGAUAUCUUGUCAUUAAAAGUUGGUUCACAACUUGUGAGAAAACCUUUAAUUUCUGAUAAAUGUCGUAUUUGGAUUCCCUAAAACAAGCAAAGGACAGGGCUUAACAGUCUCGUUUUGGGAAAACAAUAAGCAGAAGCGCGCCACCAAGUGGGCACUUUAAAUAUCAACUAUUUUUUCUCUCCAGCAUGGUGUCUACGAAAUGAAGGGGUGAGCUCAGUGUUAUUAGGAACAUCCAACCCCGAGCAACUCACUGAGAAUCUUGGGGCCAUACAGGUGGGAACAUGCAGGAACACACACCUUUUUUACCUGUUCUCAAAACAAAUUUAUCAAUCUGUUUCUAGAUAUCUGAAUCUUUUUAUACAUCCAAGGUUUUUACUUUUUUUCCGUACCUGUAUGAGGCACUUCCUUCCUACUCCACAUCUUUAAUCCAAUUGUUUAUUAUUUCCCUAGGUCCUUCCAAAGAUGACAUCUCAUGUAGUGUCUGAAAUCGAUCACAUCCUUGGCAACAGACCUUACAGUAAGAAGGACUACCGCUCUUAGACCAGGCUAGUGAACUUAAGGAGAGGUCAGCCCAUCUGCUUUCCCAGCUACUUAACCAUACUACUACUACUACCAAGGAUGUGUUGUUCAAAGUUUUAUGCCCACAUUUCUGUCCUUGGGCUUCACUCAGCUCCAGCCUGGAACAGAAAAGCCUUGCGAAGCCCUGCCUUGCACACCGUAACCUUGUCUGUAAUCUCGAGACUUUUCCUGAUUCUUUGGAUCAACUCUCCCAGGUUCAUCUCAGGUCCAGUCCAGAUCAGCCAAGUGACGCUUGACAGACUGCUUUUUUUUUUUUUUUUUUUUUUUUUAGCAGCCUCAAAUGAAAGUUAAUCCAUUCAAGGAAAUCAAAAACACUGGUCCAUUCGAAUACAACUAUGCAGAGCUUCUUUCAUAGGUCACAGCUCAGAUCCUGCACUAUUGUGACACAUUCAGAGAUCUCAUUAAGAAUUUUAAGUAGUUUGUUUAGUAGUUUUUCAACAUACAUUCACAUUUUGUACACAUUUAAAGUUUAAACAGCACAGUGUAAAAACAUUUUUUGAGCACUUGAGGAGAUUUUAACUGGUCAUGAGAGACUAAAAUAUACAAUGAAACCUUUUUGGGACCUGCAAAGGAAAAUGAGCCCAACAGUGACAGGUUUGAGUAUUUCCAUAUAUUAAUUUUGAACAGGUGUCAGACAAUGAAGAAGUGCACUUUUUUCUUUUUUAUUCUUUACUCACUCAGAUAUUAAAAUGAGUGAUACAUUUGACUGUAAGAUUAUAUUAGAUUAUAUUAGAAUAGAUUAGAUUAGAUAGAACUUAAAUCAUCCUUUUGGGAAGGUUCUCUCAUGGUAAUUAAAAAUCCAGCACCAUCAGUGUGCACAGAAAAAAAAAACUGAAUGGCCAAAUAAGUAAGAAAUAAAAAUGUAAUAUAUAUAUAAAGUAUAAAGAUAUAAAAAAAAUCAGAUAAAUUAAGUAUUUACAUUCAAAAGUAAGAUAUAAAGAUAUGGGGUUUUCUGUCAAAAAAAAUAAAAAAUAAAAAUUAUCACAAGAGGAAAAAUAUGCAGUUACAAAGGAGGUAGUAUUUUAUUAGGAGUCACUAAAAUCUGCAAAAAAGAAAAGUUUCCAGCAUAAACUUUAAAGUAGGCAGAGGUAACCAGGGAGGGGCUCAAGGGCACCUUGCUCGCUGUUGUUAGAUCGCCACUAUCAAAUAUUAUGAUUCAAUCACAAAGUAGUGAUUGAGUACAUUAUGGAAAAGUUUAUUUAUUUCCACAAUUCCCAUAAAGUUUUGUGGCUUACCUAUCCUAUGGAGGGCAUCAAUGAUGGUCUUCCCCGUAUUGAACCGAACUGAGACAAUUGAACCAAACUUAAGCAAUUUAAUGACAGCUGGGGAAACCUGUGCAGGUGCUUUGAGUUUAGCAGAUGAUUAAUGCGUGACACUCAGUUCAAAGCAUUCACGACCUGCAAAAUUUGGGCUGGUUUCUUCACAGUAUUCUAAUUUUUUGAAUUCCUGUUUUCGUGGGCUUUUUGAGCUGAAAGCCCAAAUUAUGCAAAAAUGAUCAAAUAAAUAGCCUACUUGAAAUCAUUUAAAUUGUGGUCCCUGAAUCUAUAAUCUAUGAAAGUUUAACCUUUUGAAUGGAAUUAUGGAAAUAAAUGAACUUUUCCAUGAUAUUUUAAUUUUUGGAAAGGGUCUGUACUGAACUACCGGUGAACAAAUCAGUGAUAACAGCUUAGAGGUACUUUUAGAAAGGUGACAUUGAGAAGUUUCACUCUCAUCAACACCCCCUUUGUCAGUGCUUUCAUUUAAUUGCUAUGCAGUGCAGCAAACCAGAUUUCCAUACAAGCUCAAUACCCUCACCUUGUGUCAGAAGAAUACACUCAUAUUGUGGGAUAAAGUGACUGGCUUACUUUUCCAUGAAACGUGACAUUCAGCAAUGACACACUGACCUGCUCUAUGCUGCUAUGAAUGAGGCCUCAACUAGACAACGUCCUGUUAGCUUGAAUUAGCUUUCAAUUACCUACCAAAUGUACUCCAUUACCUAUUCAAUAUAACACAGAAUAAAACUGAGAAGAUAGGCUGUUUAUCCUGAGUGUAUUAACCAACAGAUGCAUGUACCUAGCUAUAGUGUGCCUCUAUUUUCUUUUAUACAAAGGGAAAAAAUAAGCAACAGAGAGGAGUUUGCUAGCUUAGCAACUCUGACUGCCUUUGAAGCAGCAACAGUGUCGUUACAGUAAGGACUCUGAUAGGGGAAAGAGUGAAGCAUGUCGCCCCCAUGUGGCCUAUAUGUGGAACCACUACUCAACUACAGAGAAAUAUCGUUUUGCAAACAAAAAAACAAGCGGACUACUUUCACAAUAAAGACGUUUAAUCCGUUUUCUCGCCUGUCAACUGAAGCUGCAUGGCCAAUUGCCAGAAAGAACAAAUUGAACAAAUCUAUGACCUUGUGGCUGGCCAUAGUUAUAACUGCAAAAAUUGCCUGUUAAUAGCACAAAAGUAUUUGGGAUGUGACAAAGAUAACAGUAUUUAUUUUAGAAUAGUUCGUAAAAAUGAAGUUUAUUUUGACAUUUUAAGAUGUUGAUGUUUAAAGAAAUAAUGGGAUGGUACAUGUACAUAAAGUUAUCAAGUAUAUCUUGUAACAUAAGCAAAACCAUGAGGAGCCUCUCGCAUAAGAGAACUUCACUGUACUGUAUGUCUAAUUCUAUAUAAAUAAGAUGUAAAUAGAGUUAUUUUAUUGUCCUCUGCAGACACUCAUCUCCUGUCUGACUUGACAUUGUCAGGGAAUGCAGUUUUUACCGUUCAUCUUAACCCUCCUCCUGUGUUAGGGUCUGCACCGACCCGUUUUUUAUUCUAAAUGCUUAAAACACCCACUUAAAUAAGUUUUUUUGCAUCAUGAAUUUUUGACUCUGUCAGAAACCUCUAUUUCAACAAAAUAAAAUAAAAAAUUGAAUUGAAUUAAUUAUAAAAUGCUCUUAUUAAAAUUAUGGCACUUGUUGUGUUAGGGUCGCUGUUGACCUGGUUAAAUUAAUAUCUAAUACUUGGAGAAAAAAACUGAAAUCAGGCACAACACAGACAGUCAGAUCCUCUUCCAAUCAUGUGAGAUUUAGGAAAUUCUCAUUUUGCCAUGUUUUUCCCUGCACAAAAAACAGCCUCAAGCAUGUCCAGACAUGUGAGAUCAGUUCAGUAUGGAUGUCUGUGUGAGGGGUAUACUGACAAAGAAAGGCUCAGAGGCCCACAACAAAAACUAUUAUAAGCAAGAUUUUCAUGGCAAAUGAAGCUGAACAAGUUAACCUAGAGAUGAGAACCAAAUUGGAUGAUAGAGAAUUGUUUUUAGUGUGAUUUACAGCUGAUUUAAGACACGGGUCAAAACCGACUCUUAACAUAGUGGGUGCAUAGUAAAAGCUAACACAGGAGGAAGGUUAAGUAUACACACGUGGGAUAAGGGGUGAUAUCAUAGACUGUAUAUAGAAGUAUAUACAGUCUAUGGGUGGUAUGUGUUAACUGUUUUUGCGAUGUGAAGUCAUGCUGUGAUAUCUGUUCUGCAGUAACAGUGGCAUUAUUUGAGGAAUGGUUUUAUGUAAGCUUCUGUUUCAUCUUGAACACUGUCAAUGAUACUUGUGUUACGGCCUCUCAGCUCACAAAGUUUUUGGCCAGUAUCUUUGUGCGUUGUUGUCCUUGUUCUUCUUUAUCUGGAAAACAAGCCAUCACAGAGAUCUGCAGAAAUGAUGGCCACGCUCCAGUUCAGACACUGUCCUGUCAUGAGGAAAACUGUUGGCUUGUUGCAUAAACAUCCAGCUGAUUUUAAUCCAAGGAUUAGUCAAUGUACUGUAAAAAAAACUUUUGCCAAAAAGACUAUGCAUAUGACACUUAGACGUCAAUUAGCAACAUUUGGCUCGUGUUACAUUUUAAAAGCUUGCGGCCUUUGUUCAUGAAGAGUUCCUCCACCGCAUUUACAUCGACCUGACUUUCGCUUUGUCAUCAUGAGGAUACAAAUCCUUUUAAUCACAAAAGAAAGUCUGGAAAAAAAAUCUUUUUAUACCCAAUCAGCUCUCCCAAUUUGAUGUGGCCAAUACCUGCUCCAUUUAUCAAACGGUGACAAAUCUGUAUUUGUUUCACAGCAUGUCCCCUUUCAAUGCCAUAACUUAAAGUAUAAGACUGUGAAUGUGUAAUGUGUACUUGAAUUUAAGGAUAGUUAUAGGACAAGUCAACAUGUUAUCCAUCAUUUUGACCUAACAGUGACUGUCGGACCACGGCCUGCCAGUGUUUGUGGAGACUGCUCCACCUGACAGAGUGCCUUGACUUGAGUACUGCAACAGGAAAAAAAAAAUCAGGGAUGUCUUUCAUUAUGUUGUCAAAAUGUUUUUGAACGCACUCCUACACACAUAAUGUAUCCUCUUUGUAUGUAGUAUGCAUAUUGUUAUACAUGUAGAUAUAACAAUAUGUACGUAAAUUAUUUGUUAGAUUGUUUACCUGCUGUACAUUACCUUUAAUUUCAACUGAAAAAAAGCAAGACUCUCACGAUACACUUUGAGUAGAGUCAUUUUUGGCUCACAGAGGAGUAUUGACUGAGAUCUGUACAACAACUUGUUUCAGUACGAGAGUUCUGUCUUGGCUUUUAUUUCAGUUAUCUUCACACAGUAUUUGUACUGCAGUAAUGUCAAUAUUCUGCAAAUGUGAUUUUCUAAUGAUGCAGUAGCAGAGUCUUAUUUUCAAGUCCUACCAUGAGAUUAUCAGUUUUUCUUCAGGCUUCUUUCUCAGCUCCAUUCUGUAAAACUCAUUUUACGAUCUUCUGUGGAGGGAUAGUGAGCUCUACUCACGAUGCCUCCGACUAUGACUUAAUGUAAUGGAAUGAAUCUAUACAGCAAUAGAGCAUGCCCAUUUUACUUCCAUAUGUUCACUUGCUGGGAAAACAAGUCAAGUGGCCAGAAAAGAGAAAUCAGAAUGACCGGGUAACAUUUUUAACUCUACAAUUACUUUGAUGCUAUGGUAUAGGAACUAAACUAUAAAUAAUAUGGUAUACUGAUUUUGUGUCACACAGCAUCUUUAAUCAGUUUUCUCUCCUGGUGUGGAGCUAACUUAGAUCCAUUCUGCUAAACCUGUCAGUCAGUGUAACCUGUUUUGGGGAACAUGUAGAGGGUCGAAUGUGUGUGUGUGUUUUCUUUGUCAAGUAACAUGCAAACCAUCUGAGUAUCAUUUCUCCACUGAGCUAUCUGUACAUAUUCUAUAAGGAAAGUGUGAUUAUAAAUAAAUGCAUUGCCAAUAAAAGCAUCUAUCUCAC